AUGCAUAAGGAGACAAUGUAUAUAGACACCUUACCGCUCGUGGUUUGGACGCUCUUAGUCACAACGACAAAUGUAGCGACACAAAGCCAAUAUGGAAUAGGUUUAGGAAUAAAACGAGAAGUAUUUUUCUUAAAUUUAGAAGACGGCUAUUUUGGCUGUCAAGUAAACGAAUCGACACAAAUAUUACAAUUAUAUGAAUUAUCAAAAUUAUGCGACGGUGUCAAGGAUUGCUAUAAGGGAUCCGACGAACUCGCGAAAGAAUUGAAAUGUACAGAUGUUAAUGAAUGCAAAGAAAGACCAUGCGAUGUUUUUGCUCACUGUACGAACACGGUCGGUAGUUUCCAAUGUUCGUGUUUCCCAGGCUACGAAGGCGACGGUUUCACUUGCAGAGAUAUAAAUGAGUGCGAAGAUCCAGCAGUUGCAUCGCGUUGCGUAGCAAACGCAGAAUGCUGUAACUUGCCGGCUCAUUUUAUUUGCAAAUGUAAUCGAGGUUUCGAAGGUGAUGGGGAAGAGGAGUGCAGAGAUAUUGACGAAUGUCGACGUCCUGGUGCUUGUGGUGUGAACGCCGUGUGUCAAAAUUAUCCAGGAAACUAUACGUGUGCAUGUCAAGAUGGUUAUACUGGAAAUGCAUUCGAUGGCUGCAUUGAUAUCGAUGAGUGCGCGAUUGAGGGGAGUUGCGGUCCGGGCGCAGUUUGUCGCAACGUGGAAGGCGGCUACGAGUGCAGCUGUCCACCAGGCUACGAGGGUGACCCCCGCGUCGGCUGUCGCGAUCAGGAUGAAUGUGCACACGCUACAUGUGGAAUUUCCGCAGUUUGCGAAAAUCUUCCAGGCGCUUAUCGCUGUCUGUGCCCACCAGGUUUCGAAGGCAAUCCAGACGUAUUGUGCACUGACGUGGAUGAAUGUAAGGCUAGUCAAGCAGUGUGCAGUGAACACGCUGUAUGUACCAACACCCUCGGCAGCUUCGUGUGCACCUGCAAGCCAGAAUAUACAGGAGACGCGCGUGUAACCGGAGGUUGCCGUGAUAUCAACGAAUGUGAGACGCUUGAACAUCCCUGUGGAACUUACGCCAUCUGUGAGAAUACUGCGCCAGGAUACAAUUGUAUCUGUCCACAAGGCUACCGAGCUCAACCAGAUCCACAAAUUGCAUGCGAGCAGGUCGACGUUAAUACUUUGUGUAAAUCAAAUUUCGACUGUACCAACAAUGCGGAGUGCAUAGAUAACCAAUGCUUUUGUAAAGAAGGUUUCGACGCCCGAGGAUCAAUUUGUAUUGACGUUGACGAAUGUGCUAAAAAUUCUUCUUUAUGUGGAGAAAAUUCAAUAUGUAUAAAUAAAGCUGGUGGAUUUAAUUGUCAAUGUGCUAAUGGAUUUGUUGGUGCUCCUCCACGAGUAGCUUGCCGAGCUCCAUGUGAGGAUGUGAAAUGUGGCGAGCAUUCGUAUUGCAAACCAGAUGGAAUAGAAGCAUAUUGUGUGUGUGAAGAUGGCUGGACAUUUGACCCCACAGACAUUGCAGCAGGUUGUAUAGAUAUUAAUGAAUGUGAUACGUCGGUUGGGCCGGUGGGUCGCUGUGGUAAUAAUGCUCGCUGCAGUAACACACCGGGCAGUUUCAGUUGUCAAUGUCCAGAAGGCUACACCGGCGAUGCUUAUAAACAGUGCACAGAUAUCGACGAAUGCGUUAUAGAGAGUGCUUGUGGUAUUGGAGCCGAUUGUAUUAAUCGUGAUGGAUCGUAUUCUUGUGAAUGCCCUGAAGGUAGUAUACCAGAUCCAGACCCUAGAGUACGAUGUGUCGAAAUACUUACUUGUAAAUCUGAUAAUGAAUGCCCCGGAAAUGCAGUGUGCGACCCUAACUCGAGAUGUUUAUGCCCAGAGCCGAAUGUUGGAAAUGAAUGCAGGCACCCCUGUGAAGCUUUGCAAUGUGGAAGUAAUUCGGAAUGUUUACUAAAUGACCAGGUCGCUCAGUGUACGUGUAAAAGUGGUUUUGCUGGCGAUCCAUUAUCACCAACUGGUUGUCAAGAUAUUAAUGAAUGUAUUGAAAAUCCUUGUGGUGUUGGAGCAGUUUGUAAAAAUCUCCCCGGACGUUUCUUAUGUGAGUGUCCGGGUACAUUUAAUGGGGACCCUUAUGUGGAUGGCUGCAUACCUAGUAUACGUCCGAUUGAAUGCAGUAGCACUAAUCCGUGUCCUCAGGGUGAACAAUGCAUUUUACACGAUGGAGAAAAUGUUUGUGUUUGUACACAAGGAUUUGCACGAAGCAAAGAAACUGGAAUAUGCGAAGAUAUUAAUGAAUGUACCCAUCACGGUCGAUCGCCAUGUGGCCUUAAUGCUAUUUGUAAGAAUUUACCUGGCAGCUAUGAAUGUAAAUGUCCUGCAGAAUAUAGCGGAAACCCUUACAACCUUUGUGAGUUAUGCAGUGAUAUUACUUGCCAGUGCCAACCACCUUACAAAGUAAUCGAUGGUAGUUGUGUGCUUUCCGGCUGCACAAAAGAUAAUAAAUGUGGAAAAGGUGCAGAAUGUAUUGUAAUUUCCGACGGAGUAAGUUAUUGCGCUUGCCCGAUCGGUUUUACACAAACAGCUGAAGGGUCAUGUGAUGAUAUUGAUGAGUGUACAUCAGGACAAUCAGUUUGUGGAUUUGGUGCAGAAUGUGUAAACACAAUUGGAUCUUUUACAUGUAAAUGUCCAAAUGGUUAUAGUCAAGAUUCAAUAACUGGGCAUUGCACGUUGAAUCAAAAGAGAUGUAUCAGUGAUUCAGAUUGUUUCCCGAAUGAAAAAUGUAUUCAACCUGGAAAAUGUGUUUGUCCACCACCAUUUUAUUUAGAUGUAUCAGAUGGCCAAAAAUGUAAAAAUCCCUGUGAAAGAUUUACUUGCGGAAUUAAUUCUAAGUGUACCCCAAGUGACCCUCCGCGAUGCAUGUGUAUGACCGGAUUUGAAGGAGACCCCUACACGGGAUGUACAAAUAUUAAUGAGUGCCAUAGUGCACCGUGUGCUUUUGGUGCGAUUUGCCACGACCAGAAAGGUGGAUAUCGCUGUGAAUGCCCUGCUAACAUGGUUGGUGAUCCCUACAAAUCGGGAUGUGCGGCCGAAGAAAUUCCAUCAGAAAAACGUUUAUGCAGUUCAGACGAGGAAUGUCCUAAUACGCUCGCGUGUCUGAAUAGCUCUUGCUUAUCUCCUUGUACAACUGUUUCGUGUGGAUCACACGCCUUUUGUGAAGUGGACAAUCAUGCGGCGUGGUGUCGUUGUAAUCCUGGUUACACCAAACCUGAAGGUGGCAAAUGCAUUUCUGGAUGUGACACAUAUUCAUGCGCUUCUGGUGCUCAAUGCAUCAUAUCAAAGACUGGGCCAACAUGCGUUUGUCCUGAAGGUAUGGUAGGCAAUCCGUUCCCCGGAGGAGCAUGCAGACGAGAUACUUGUGGACCUGGCGUGCCUUGUGAACAGCCUUUGAUGUGUGUUGCUGGCCGUUGCAGACAACGUUGUGAUGGUGUUGUUUGUGGAGUUGGCGCCUCAUGUGACCAACAGAGCGGCAAAUGUGUUUGUAAUGCAUUUUUCGUUGGUAAUCCAGACUUACUCUGCAUGCCUCCUAUUUCACCUCCAUCUUGUGAACCUGGGUGUGGUCAAAAUGCUCAUUGUGUUUAUGGACAAAACAAUGCAUGUAAAUGUAACAAAGGAUUUACCGGCAACCCAUAUAAAACAUGUCUACCUCGCAGACAAAUAACAUGUGCUAAAGCCUCCUGUGGUGUUAAUGCAGUUUGCCAACAAACGAGAUCUCAUGUUGAAUGUCUGUGUCCUCCAGGCUACGUAGGAAAUCCUAAUAUACAAUGCACUGACAUAGAUGAAUGCAAUAGUAAACCAUGUGGAGAAAAUGCUAUUUGCAUAAACACACCCGGAAGUUUCAGUUGUAUAUGCAAAAGUCGAUAUGUUGGAAAUCCUUACGAAUUGUGCUCACAAGUAACUAUUCCCAAAUGUGUCGAUGGUGCCAUUUGUACUUGCUCUCAUAACGCUACCUGUCCUGAAGGAUACAUUUGUGAAAAAUCUAAAUGUGUCGAUGUUUGUCGUACGAUGAUGUGUGGUCCUAAAUCUAUAUGCGAAGAAGGAAGUUGUCAUUGCCUUCCAGGCCACAGUGGCAAUCCUAAUGACAUUGAAAGAGGCUGCAUGCCUGAAAAUAAAUGCAUGGUAGAUGGGGACUGUAAAGAUUCCGAGAUAUGUUUCCAAGUAGCUAAAAAUGUCCGUAAGUGUGUGGACUCAUGUAGUAAGUUGCAAUGCGGUCCAAACUCACUAUGUAUAGGAGCUAACCAUCAAGCUCACUGUGUUUGUGCAGAAGGAUAUGUUGGAAAGCCUACUGAUGUUAAAACGGGUUGCCAUUUACUUGUUCAAGAACCUCACGAAAUGAAAUGUAACGCAAAUAGCGAUUGCAACGAACCUCAAGUUUGCAUUUCAGUAGACGGCACUGCAAAGCAAUGUUUCGAUCUUUGCUCAACAAUAGCCUGUAGUGCCAACGAAGUUUGUCGAGUUAUAGAUAACAAUCCCGGCUGUGAAUGUAAAGAUGGUUUUCUUUGGAAUCCCAUCAGUUCUAUUUGUGAACAACCCUCAACUCCAAAUUGUGUAUCAGACGAUGACUGCGAUGAUAAUAAGUCUUGUCAAAAAGAUGUACUUGGAGUUAAUAAAUGUGAAGACAGCUGUCUGCUAUUUACUUGUCCACAAAAUUCAAAGUGUUUGACGAGAAAUCACAAAAGUAAAUGUGAAUGUUUGGCUGGUUUUGUUGGUAAUCCAAAUAAUCGCGAUGGAUGUAUAGCUAUCGACAAAAAUCAAUGCUCAGAUGAUGUACAGUGCAGGGAAAAUGAAGUAUGUAAACAUAUUGGUGAUGUUAAAAAAUGUGUGUCUGCAUGUCAACAAGUAAUAUGCGGCCCCAAUGCCAUUUGUGUUACCAACAAUCACAUUGCAAAAUGUCAGUGUCCCUCGGGUCCAUUUACCGGAAACCCAAAUGAUUUAGAAAAGGGAUGUCAGUCGGUACCUUGCAUUUAUAAUGCAGAUUGCUUGUCCAAUGAAUUAUGCAACCGUAUGACACAUACAUGUAUGAAUGCUUGUGGAGAAGAUUCAUGCGGUGAUAAUGCUGUUUGUAUUGCUGAAAACCAUAAAGCUACUUGUCAGUGUCCUAAUGGCUAUAAACCAGAUCCUAUACCAGAUGUUAACUGCCGAAAAAUCGAAGUUUGCAAUCCCAAUCCCUGCCAUUCUACUGCUAUAUGUGAACCAAGACAUUCAUCAUAUGUAUGCAGGUGCCCAACAGGUUUUGUCGAAGAUAGUCGCAAUGGAGGUUGUAGAAGACAAGAUCAAUGUACUAAAGGUGAUGAUGACUGUCCGUUAGAAACCACAUGCGUUAACAACCGAUGUGUCAAUCCCUGUGAUGGUGCUUGUGGAAUUAACUCAUUAUGUAAAGUAGUCGACAGAAAAGCAAUUUGUGUUUGUCCUGAUGGUUAUGAAAUGAUAAAAGGCAAUACUUGUAAGAAAAAGCUUUUGGUUUGCUCAAAUGAACAGGAGUGCAAUGGCGAUGUUUGUUCUAGUGGCCAAUGUUUCACAGCUUGUAAAAAUUCCAGCCAAUGUGAUCCAGGAGAAGCUUGUGCUAAAAAUUUAUGUAUAACACAAUGCUCUAAACAUUCCCAAUGUGGCAUAGGACAAGCCUGUGUAAGCGGACAAUGUCUUAUUGGCUGUAGAAGUCAAGAAGACUGUCCUAGCGAAGAAGCUUGUGUUAACAACAAGUGUGUAAAUCCAUGCUUGUCCACCAGAGCAUGCGGUCCAAAUGCAAUUUGUUCCAGAAUUAAUCACAGUACCAAAUGCGAAUGCCCUCUUGGAUUUCAAGGAACACCUAAUCCUCAACAGGGUUGUGUUAGAAAACCAAGUUCAUGCUCGAGAACAUCAGAGUGUCCGCCAGACCACAUGUGCAUUGGAUACCUUUGUCAAGUACCGUGCCAAGAUAAUUCUGGUUGUGCUAUUGGAGAAAAAUGCAGUGAUAGUAGAUGUCACAAAAUCUGUCAUUCAAGUAGCAACUGUUUACAUGGUGAACACUGCAGUUCUGGCAUAUGUAUUCCAGGAUGUAAAACCGAUUCUGACUGCUUAAAUAAUCAGUUGUGUAAGUCAGAUAAGUGCCAGUGCCUUCCUGGAUUUGAGCUAAUAGGCGACGAAUGUACAAACGUAAACGAAUGUGUUAAUAAUCCCUGUCAUCCAUCAGCACAAUGUGUCGAUACACCAGGUUCUUACACAUGUGUUUGCUCAGUUGGUGCCAUCGGUGAUCCCUAUACAAGUGGUUGUUUAUUACCAAAUCAAUGUAGAAGUGAUAAUCAAUGCGAAGAGUCAUUGGCUUGCAUAAGAGGAAAAUGUUCUAAUCCAUGUCAAAUUAAGACUUGUGGUUUAAACGCAUUGUGCACAGUUGUAAAACAUAGAGUAGCUUGCGCUUGUGAAAAAGGCUUUCUCGGGAAUCCACUCGAUAAAAAAAUCGGAUGUUUCAAGGUGGAAUGUAUAGAUGACUCUAGUUGUUCCAGCGAUAAAUUCUGCAAUACAAGAAAUAAUAAGUGUUCUGACAAAUGUGAGGAAACCUAUUGCCAAGGCGGAACAUGUACAAUAGAAGACCACAAAGCUUUGUGCAUUUGUGAGACUGGGUUUGAUUUAGUAAACAAUGUUUGUCAAGAUAUAAAUGAGUGCUUGAGUAACCCAUGUCCUUUGAACGCGCACUGUGUGAACAAUCGUGGUUCCUAUAGUUGUACUUGUGUUAAUGGAACUGUGUUAGAUACAAGCACCGGAAACUGCAGAUCUCCUGGUGAAUGUUUCUCAGAUGGAGACUGUUCGGAAAAAACUAAAUGUUUUAAUAAUUACUGCAUCGAUCCUUGUGAAAAAUCUUCACCAUGUGGUGAAAAUGCUGAGUGCAUAGUGUCCAAACACGAUCCAAUAUGUGAAUGUCCACCAGACAGUCAAGGUGAUCCUUACAAGCAAUGUACUAAAUUUGAAUGUAUCAAAGAUAGUGAUUGCUCGUCUGAAGAGGCCUGUGUUAACUACAAAUGCAAAAAUGCAUGUAGUAUACCUCGUGCGUGCGGCAAAAAUGCAGACUGUCUUUCAAGAAAUCAUAUCGGGCACUGCACUUGCUCAUCUGGUUAUACGGGAGAUCCUGUUCUUGGUUGUGUUCCUAUUCAAUACUGCACAGAUGACAGCAGGUGCUCAUCAGGAACAAAGUGUGUUGACAAUCUAUGUGUUGGUAUGUGCAAAAAUUCAAGAGAUUGCUUGAAUGACCAACUCUGUAUUCAAAAUACAUGUCGAGUCACUUGUAACUCGAACAGUACCUGCCCAGAUUUUCAAUUUUGCUUAAACAGAAUUUGUACAAAGGAAGUACAGUGUUUAACAAAUGAAGAUUGUGCUGAUGACGAACGAUGUACUGUGGGAAGAAAAGGUGUACCACAAUGCAUCAAAGUAUGUGAAAGGCAUCCAUGUGGAAGACAGGCAAUCUGUGUCGGUAAAAACCAUCAACCUACAUGUUCGUGUGCAACCGGUUUCUUCGGAGAUCCUCUACAGGGAUGUAAAAGAAAAGAAUGCGAAAGUGACGUUCAAUGUACUGAUGAUAAACAAUGCCACCAAAAUAUGUGUAAAAUCGCGUGUUUAGUGGAAAAUACGUGUGGCGACAACACCAUCUGUUCUUCGGAGAAACAUAAACACGUGUGUUACUGUCAACCCGGUUAUACAGGUGACCCUAAAAUUGGCUGCAUUAAAAUUAAUAGAUGCGCUUCUAAUCCUUGUGGCAAUGGUGCAGAAUGCAAAAAUCUACGAGAUCGAGCUCAAUGUGCUUGCCCCGCUGGAUAUGUCGGAGAUCCUUAUGAAGAAGGUUGUCGCAAAGCUCAAGAGUGCAGAUUCAAUAGAGACUGUCCCCCUGUAGCUCGCUGUACGGUUGUCGACGGGAUUCGUAAAUGUACAGAUGCCUGUGAAACUACCAAAUGUGGUGCUAACGCUGAAUGCAUUGCAUCAAGACACACUGGCCAGUGCAAAUGUAAGAACGGUUAUGUUGGUAACGCAUCUAGUGAAAAAGGUUGUAAACUUAAGGAAGUGACAUGUAAACAAAGAAGCGAUUGUGGAGAAGACCAAUACUGCCGCAAUGGGCUUUGCAAAAGUCUGUGUCUUGUGGAUGAAGAAUGUGGAUCAACUGAAAAGUGUUUCAAUGGCCAAUGUGUAAAUCCAUGCCAAAUGGAAAAAGCUUGUGGAUUGAAUGCUCUCUGCCGCACUGAUAAUCAUGUAGUUCAGUGUAGUUGCCCCCAGAGUUUUACAGGAAAUCAAGACGUGGAGUGUGUUAGAAUGCCGAGAUUGUGCGGAGCAGCAGGAGAAUGUGAAGAUGGUUAUAUGUGUCAAGAUUCCAUGUGUGUGCCCAAAUGUAAAGCCGAUGAAGAAUGUGCCUUGAAUGAAAGAUGUUCUAAAGGGACAUGCUUGUAUCCCUGUAGUGAAAAGGCAGUGUGUGGAAUCUGUUCCGACUGUAAAGUCCAAAAUCACCGCGCUCAGUGCAGUUGCUCCAGUAAUUACACCGGCAAUCCUCUUGUUGAGUGUAAAAGGAAAACAAUGCUAUGUGACGGCUUUUGUCCAUGUGAUGACAGUGGUUAUUGUGUCUCACUUUGUGAAACCGAUUCCGAGUGUUCAUGUGGAGAGAAGUGUUACAAUGGAGCUUGCAGAUCUACAUGUACUGUGCCGAAUAAAUGCCCAGAAAGACAAAUUUGCCAAGAAAAUGUUUGCAUUCCGGGAUGUAAUUACGAUGCAGAUUGUGGUGAUGAUAUGUUAUGUUCUUCGAAACUUUGCGUGAAAGCUUGCCGAGAAGACGUUUGUGGCGAGAAUGCCGCUUGUUUUGCCAUUAAACAUCGCGCUAUAUGCAAGUGCCCCAGCGGAUACACCGGUGAUCCUAGUGAAGAAUGUAAACAAUACGAAUGUUCUAAUAAUGACGAUUGUGAUGCGGACGAAAAAUGUGCGGAUGGCAUGUGCAAAAAUGUAUGUACAGGGGCCUGUGGUAUCAAUGCUAUAUGCCGAGCAGUAGAUGGAAAUCCUCAAUGUACUUGUCCACCAAAUUACAUUGGAAAUGCAAAGAUUGAGUGUUCCAAGCCACCGGCCGGUAGCUGCUUACGAAAUCCUUGUGGGGUGAGUGCACGGUGCCGUGACUUAGAGGAAGGCCAAUAUGAGUGCACGUGUCCACCAAACUGUGCAGGCAAUCCUCACAAACAAUGUUUCUGCGGUGCAAUGGAACCGUGUGCAUAUAAAUCAUGUGGCACUAAUGCGGAGUGUCAUAUCGGUGCACAUGGAGAGGCACAGUGCUUCUGUCCACGAAACUAUCCUAAUGGUGAUCCAAAUAUAGAAUGUGCCCAGGAGCGCAGUGUAGUUGAUUGUAGAACGACUGGUUGUGGAAUUAAUGGUGAAUGCUUAAGAGAAGGUGCAGAAUUUGUAUGUCGUUGUAUUCCCGGAACAGAAGGACAAGCUGAUGUCGAAUGUCACACCAGUAUCGAAUGUACGAGCGACAAGGAUUGCCCAGUAGACAGAGCGUGUCUCAGCUUACACUGUGUGGACCCCUGCACAGUACGAGGUGUAUGUGGAGAAGAUGCCCUGUGUGUGACCCUGAUGCACAAAGCGCAGUGCUCCUGCCCACAGUGCUAUGUCGGACAACCGCGUGUUGCGUGCCGCCUCGACCCUACGUGCAAAUCCACUAACGAAAACAAUACCACAUUCACAUGUUCUGAAACUAAAUCUUGCCCUUCGAAACUGGCUUGUGAUCUCAGCACCAAUCAGUGCCGCAACCCAUGCCUUGGAUAUCAAAACUGUAGACUAAAUCAGAAAUGUGAAGUACGAGAUCACCGACCUAUUUGUGUAUGUCGGAAUGGAUUUGCUUUGAAUGAAAGAGGAGAAUUGACUUGUGCGCCAGAACAUGCAGAAUGUACAAGAGACGAACAGUGUCCAUCAAAUGCGGCCUGUCGUAAUUCCAAGUGUGUGAAUCCCUGCCAAGCAUCUGUCGAGCCAAUGUGCCCGAAAGGAAAGCAAUGUGAAGUAGUAGAUCAUCGAGCUAUGUGCGUAUGUGUUGAAGAAUGUAAUCCAUCAUUAUCAAUUUGCUUGAGAGACAGCGGUUGCCCAAGUAACUUAGCAUGCAGAGAUUUUCAAUGCAAGGAUCCAUGCAAAGGCGCUUGUGGUGGUGCUCCAUGUUCAGUAGAAGAUCACCACCCCGUUUGCAAGUUUUGUCCUAAAGGAUUCACACACGAUGAGAAACAUGGCUGCGUUAAAGCGACAGAGUGCGGCGGUCACGAGCACUGCGCUCCAACGCUGGCGUGUAUCGGCGGCCGUUGUGCAGACCCAUGCGCUCGCGGUGGCCCUUGUAUCAACGGCCAACACUGCGCCGUGCUCGAUCACCAACCUGUUUGCUCGAAGGUGUGUCAGUGCCAAACAUCGUCGGAUUGCGCGAGAUAUCCCAAUACCUUCUGUGACGGCUGUGCUUGUAUUCGAGAGGAACGACACCCACCCACAAACUGUGCCCAUUGUCGGCCGGGAGUACCUUGCGAUCCGUUCUCUGGCGCCUGCAUGGAAAAUGGAACUUUUGUCCCACUAACCGAAAACACUACUACACCAGGAGGAAGCAGUGAUUCUGCCACUACUAUAGACUCGACUACACCUACUGACAAUAUUCCACAGUUUGCAAAUACCAAUAACUUCCGUCAUAAAACCUCUAAUACUAUCAUGACCGAUUAUACAACCACAGACGAUACACUUACUGUUAGAAGCUUAAUAUCAACGACACUAACUGAAAAGCCGACUUAUUCAACUUUUGAUGAUAAAGUAGAUGAAGAACCUAGCACACAAACAAUUACAUAUAAGGUUUUUGAAUCUACUACUACAGAGUCUACAUGGGGCUCUAGUAUUUCCCAUGACGUAUCAAAUACAGUAUCUGGCGAUGGAAAAGGAUUACACAUAACAGCGUAUACUGAAACAUUUACAUCUGAUGAUACUAUGACUCCUACCUCACAUACUGUUUCUGGUAAAGAUUUAGUCACAGUAGUCGACGAUAAUAAAUAUUUUGUAAGUACAACAGAAAGUGCCGUAACAGCUACGGUAGUUCACGACACCACAAGUCCUUCAGUUUUAGAUAAAGAUUUAGUUACAAUAGCUGGAAUUGAUGAUAUUAAAUACUCUGCAAGUACAACAGAAAGUACUGUCACAGCUACAUUAAUUCACGACAUUACAGGUCCUUCUGUUACCGAUAAAGAUUUAGUCACAGUAGGUGGAAUCGAUGAUAUUAAAUUCUCUGCAAGUACAACAGAAAGUACUGUCACAGCUACAUUAAUUCACGACACUACAAGUCCUUCUGUUACCGAUAAAGAUUUAGUCGCAGUAGGUGGAAUCGAUGAUAUGAAACAUUCUGCAAGAACAACAGAAAGUACUGUCACAGCUACAUUAAUUUACGACACUACAAGUCCUUCUGUUACCGAUAAAGAUUUAGUCGCAGUAGGUGGAAUCGAUGAUAUUAAAUUCUCUGCAAGUACAACAGAAAGUACUGUCGCAGCUACAUUAAUUUACGACACUACAGGUCCUUUUGUUACCGAUAAAGAUUUAGUCACAGUAGGUGGAAUCGAUGAUAUGAAACAUUCUGCAAGUACAACAGACAGUACUGUCACAGCUACAUUAAUCCACGACACUACAAGUCCUUCUGUUACCGACAAAGAUUUAGUCACAGUAGCUGGAAUCGAUGAUAUGAAACAUUCUACGAGUACAACAGAAAGUACUGUCACAGCUACAUUAGUUCAGGACACUAUAAGUCCUUCUGUUUCCGAUAAGAAUUUAGUCACAGUAGCUGGAAUCGAUGAUAUGAAACAUUCUGCGAGUACAACAGAAAGUACUGUCACAGCUACAUUAGUUCACGACACUUCAAGUCCUUCUGUCUCUAAUAAAGGUCUAACCACAGUAGUUGAAAUCGAUGAUAUGAAACAUUCUGCGAGUACAACAGAAAGUACUGUCACAGCUACAUUAGUUGACGACACUUCAAGUCCUUCUGUCUCCGAUAAACGUCUAACCACAGUAGUUGGAAUGGAUGAUAUAAAACAUUCUGCAAGUACAACAGAAAGUACUUUCGCAGCUACAUUAGUUCACGACACGUCAAGUCCUUCUGUUUCCGAUAAGGAUUUAGUCACAGUCGUUGGAAUUGAUGAUAUGAAACAUUCUGCGAGUACAACAGAAGCUACUGUCACAGCUACAUUAGUUCAGGACACUAUAAGUCCUUCUGUUUCCGAUAAGAAUUUAGUCACAGUCGUUGGAAUCGCUGAUAUGAAACAUUCUGCGAGUACAACAGAAACUACUGUCACAGCUACAUUAGUUCACGACACUUCAAGUCCUUCUGUCUCCGAUAAAAGUCUAACCACAGUAGUUGGAAUGGAUGAUAUGAAACAUUCUGCAAGUACAACAGAAAGUACUGUCGCAGCUACAUUAGUUCACGACACGUCAAGUCCUUCUGUUUCCGGUAAGGAUUUAGUCACAGUCGUUGAAAUUGAUGAUAUGAAACAUUCUGCGAGUACAACAGAAGCUACUGUCACAGCUACAUUAGUUCACGACACUUCAAGUCCUUCUGUCUCCAAUAAAGGUCUAACGACAGUAGUUGGAAUCGAUGAUAUGAAACAUUCUGCAAGUACAACAGAAAGUACUGUCACAGCUACAUUAAUUCACGACACUAUAAGUCCUUCUGUUUCCGAUAAGGAUUUAGUCACAGUCGUUGGAAUCGAUGAUAUGAAACAUUCUGCAAGUACAACAGAAAGCACUGUCACAGCUACAUUAGUUCACGACACUACAAGUCCUUCUGUUACCGACAAAGAUUUAGUCACAGUAGGUGGAAUUGAUGAUAUGAAACAUUCUCCAAGUACAAUAAAAAGUACUGUCACAGCUACAUUAGUUCACGAUUCUACAAGUCCUUCUGUUUUCGAUAAGGAUUUAGUCACAGUAGUUAGAAUCGAUGAUACGAAACAUUCUGCGAGUACAACAGAAAGUACUGUCACAGCUACAUUAGUUCACGACACUUUAAGUCCUUCUGUCUCCGAUAAGGAUUUAGUCAUAGUAGGUGGAAUCGAUGAUAUGAACCAUUCGGCGAGUACAACAGAAAGUACUGUCACAGCUACAUUAGUUCACGACACUUCAAGUCCUUCUGUCUCCGAUAAAGGUCUAACCACAUUAGUUGGAAUCGAUGACAUGAAAAAUUCUGCAAGGACAACAGAAAGCACUGUCACAGCUACAUUAGUUCACGACACUACAAGUCCUUCUGUUACCGAUAAUGAUUUAGUCACAGUAGGUGGAAUUCAUGAUAUGAAACAUUCUCAAAGUACAAUAGAAACUACUGUCACAGCUACAUUAGUUCACGAUUCUACAAGUCCUUCUGUUUCCGAUAAGGAUUUAGUCACAGUAGUUGGAAUCGAUGAUAUGAAACAUUUUGCAAGUACAACAGAAAGUACUGUUACAGCUACAUUCAUUCAUGACAUUACAAGACCUUUUGUUUCCGAUAAAGGUCUAGCCACAGUAGUUGAAAUCGAUGAUAUGAAACAUUCUGCAAGUACAACAGAAAGCACUGUCACAACUACAUUAGUUCACGACACUAAAAGUCCUUCUGUUACCGAUAAAGGUUUAGUCACAGUAGGUGGAAUCGAUGAUAUGAAACAUUCUCCAAAUACAAUAGAAAGUACUGUCACAGGUACAUUAGUUCACGAUUCUACAAGUACUUCUAUUUUCGAUAAGGAUUUAUUCACAGUAGUUGCAAUCGAUGAUAUGAAACCUUUUUCAAGUACAACAGAAAGUACUGUCACAGCCACAUUCGUUCAUGACAUUACAAGUCCUUCUGUCUCCGAUAAAGAUUUAGUCACAGUAGUUGGAAUCGAUGAUGUGAAACAUUCUGCGAGUACAACAGAAAGUACUGUCAGAGCUACAUUAGUUCAAGACACUAUAAGUCCUUCUGAUGUAGUAGCCAAUACAUUAUUUACAAAAAAUGAUGCAAAUAUUGAUACGGGUAAUAAAGCCAGUAUAUCAACUGACAUUACUACUGGCCACCAUAUCAAUGAUUUCACAACCCAAAUGACCACACCCUAUACCAAUAUAGAAAAUUAUUCAUCAAUCGAUUCGGACGUUCUUCUUCCCAGUAGUAGUACUAUUCAUGUCGAGAGUACAAUGAAACCAGUUACUGAAAAGAUUAUUGAAAGUAAUCCUUCUUCUGUUGCACCGAUUGAAAAUAAAAAUACAAAAACUCCUACAAAUCAACGUAAGAUGAAUAGCAACUACACAGGUAUUACAUUGAUUGAAGACCUACCCCGAGAAAAUUUAUCUACAUCAACUUUAUCUAACAGCUAUGAUUUAAUAAAACAUACUACUGCAACCAGUACUGAAUAUAAAACAACUUUGCCAGUUGUCUCUGAAAUAGAUAGUACAAAGUCUGACAUUAUAAGUGAUACUGGUACUACGACUUUGAAAUCAAUAAAUGAAAAUGUUGAUAAAAAUCAACACUCUACCAUACUCGAAUUAACGGCCUCAACUUCGGUAGUAACUGAAAGCACAAUAGACAUUAGUAGAACACUAUCAGUUUUAAACUCAUCAGAAAAUAUUAGUCUAGUGACAGAAAAAAAUGCUCUGCCGGUAGAAAUUGUAACUAGGCCAUAUGUUAGUAACUUCGAGGAUUUAAGUAGCACAGAAUUUACACGAGGUCAACCUGAAAAGUCAGAUAUUACAACAACAAUACCAAAUAUCGCAGAUCUUAACACAUCUGAAUAUAUAACUUCCAAAAAGACAGAAUAUACACCAGAUUCUACUCAGAAAAUUACUUCUGCUGAGAACAAUGUAAUAAAUAAUAUGGGCUCAAAAACGACGAAUAUAGAAACAACUACACUUGAAACUGGUUCUUUCUUGAAGACUACAUUCGAUAUUAAUUUAUUAAAAUCAACAACAGAAGUGACAACAUCAGAUAUGCUCCCUAAAUCUACUUUGAACGCAUUUGAUUUGACUAAAUCUGAAAUUGUUACUAUGACUGGGUCAAUUUUAACUGAUAAAGAUGGUAGUCUUGAUCCUGCAAUCAGUAAAUGUACCGUUUCGCUCAUUCAAAGUUCGACGUCGAAGUUAGAUGACAGUACAGUUACUUUGCAAACAACAAAAAUGCAAACAGUUGAACAAAAUCUUGUUACUUCAACGGACACACCAUAUUUUGUACAGACUGAGGUUAUUGAAGUUGAAAAUAAGUCUGUUUCUUCACACGUAACAACUAAUUCAUCCACUAUAACUAAAAAUGUAGGAAUUGAACAUAAAUUAGGGUCAACAGAGAGCAUAUCUGUUGUAGCUGUUACAGCUGAAACUGCCACAAAGCCUCAAUCCACUACAGAGCUACCAGAAACUGAUAUUAGUCAAACGGCAAGUACUACUUCUAAUAAAAUCAAAACCAACGAAGUUAAAAAUGUGUCAAUUUAUACAGCAGUAGAACCUACAACCACUGAAACGAUAAAGCAAUUUAAAAUUAAUCUUACUUCUGUGGCAAGCAUAGAACCAGUAACGGUAAAAUCGUUUGAAAAUACGCAAUUCACAGAUACUAUUAGUAGAGAAAUUGGUUCAACAACCACACUUAUUAAUAAUGAAAAUAUGUAUUCAGAAACUGACAGUUUUAGUUUAGCUACAACCGAAUCUGCUCAAAAAACAGAUAUUGACAUUUCGUUGGUAACUACAGAGGAUGGAUCUAUCCCAUCAGAAAUUAAUAUAUUUGAUAAAGGAUUUACCCGAAUGACUGAUAAUGGAUUAUAUACAACUGAACGAGUGAAACCAAAUGAUAGGUCGGAUAUAAUGACCACAGGCAAGGUACAUGGGUUCGUUUUAACAUCUACAUCUGAAAUUACUGUCACUACGGAAACUCCGAGCCCACGAGAUAAAAUAACAGAUGGAUUAAGUGGAUCAACUGAAUCUAAAACACACAUAAUAACUAAUAAAAAUUUUGAGACUACUGUGAGCACGGAUAUUACAAACCCACUAAUUACAGUAACAAAUACAUUGGACGGAUUAGCUGAAUCUAAAAUACACACAACAACUAAUAGGAACAUUGAAACUACUAUCGCUAUGGAAACUCCGACUCCACAAGAAACAGUCAACGAAAUAUUAAAUGGAUCAACUGUAUUUGAAAUAAGCACAAUUACUAACAAGAACUUUGAAACUACUGUUUCUAUGGAAACAUCUAGCCCACAAGAAACAGUAAUUGACGAAUUGGGUGGGUCAACUGAACCCAAAAUACGCACAACAACUAAAACAACUAAUAAGAAUUUUGAAACUACUGUAACUAUGGAAGGUCCAAUCCCACGAGAUACAGUAACUGAUGAAUCAACUGAAUCUGAAACACACACAACUAAUAAACAUUUUGAAACUACUGUCUCUAUGGAAACAUCAAGUCCACAAAUAACAGUAACUGAUGGAUCAGCUGAAUCAACAGAAUUUAAAACGAGCACGGUGACUAAUAAGAAUUAUGAAACUAGUGUGCGUCCGGAAACUACAAACCCACGAAUUACAGUAACAAAUGCAUUGAAAGGAUCAACUGAAUCUAAAAUACACACAACAACUAGUAGGAAUAUUGAAACUACUGUCGCUAUGGAAACUCCGAGUCUACGAGAAACAGUUACGGAAGGAUUAAAUGGAUCACCUGUAUUUGAAAUAAGCACAAUUACUAACAAUGACUUUGCAACUACAGGUUCUAUGGAAACUGCUAGCCCACCAGAAACAGUAACUGAUGGAUUUACUGAAUCAACAGAAUUCAAAAUAGACACAACGACGAGUAAGAGUUUUGAAACAAGCAUUACGACGGAAACUACGAGCCCACGAAAUAUAGUAACAGAUGGAUCGGGUGGAUCAACUGAAUCCAAAAUACACUUAACAACUUAUAGAAACAUUGAAGCUACUGUCACCAUGGAACCUCCAAGCCUACAAGAUACAGUAACAAACGGAAUGUUUAAAUCGACUGAAUCUAAAAUUCAUACUAUAACAAAUAAAAAUUUAGUGGAAUCCACAGUCACUGCGACAAAUUUGAACUCACAGUAUACAGUAACAGACAGAAUAAGUGAACCAACCGAAGUAAUGAUAGAUACGACAACUUAUAAGAGUAUGGAUGAAACUACAUUUAGUACUCAAAAUACCCAAGAAAUUAUAACAAGCGCAGUAUCUAAAUCAACUGAAUUUAUAUUAGGUACUACAAGCAACAAUAACUUAGCUAAAAAUACUGUCCAUAUAGUCACUCCAACCACAAACGAAAUAACGACAGAAACGUUAGAUAAAUUAACUGAAAUAUAUGCAGAUACCACUACAACAAUUAGCAACAUUUUAGUAAAAAGUACAGGAACCUUAGACUCUGAAAGGACACAAAAUAUUGUAGUAGAUGGAUUGACUGAAUUAACAAGUACUGGAUCUACUGAUAUGAAAAUGGAUACAACAACGGGUAAAAGUUUAGAUUUUGUUAUUAUGGAAACUUCUGAUACUCAAACUGCUCAAAAAGAAGUAACAAAAGAAUGGAAUCAAUCUAGUAAACCAAAUAUUGAUUCUACAACGUACAGUAAUUUAAUUACACAUACUAAACAAUUGGGUACUCAAAGUACACAAGAAGAAUUUACAAAUGAAAUAAAGUUAGAUACAACAACUUACAAGAGUUUGACAAAAAAUACUAUCACAAUGGACGAUCUAGGUACCCAAACUAUAGUGACUGACGGAUUGAUUCUAUCAACCGAAUUAGACAAAGAAACGAGUAAGGAAACAGAAAAGGUAACAACUGAAAUUACGGAAAAUGAAGUGAAAAAAACAACAAUAAAUAAUAAUUUACAGACAAGUACACCCUCUUUAGACACAAGCAGUAAACGGGCAUGGACGGAAAUUCCUAGUACCACAGACAUUUCUUACACAGCCGCCAAUAUGCUGCCCGAAAAAACACCAUUUGCUACAGAUUUAGAUACAACGACCUUGGACAAUAAUUAUGAAACGGUAACUGAAUCAGAUAAUACUGCAAAUUUUAACACCAAAUCUAUCACAUCUUCAUAUUUGAUAAAUAACACAAGCACGAUGACGUUUGGAAGUGAUGAAGUUUCAAAUCAAAACAAAUUAGAGACAGAAACUUACCUUACAAGCACUAUUUCAUAUACCUCUAAAUCAUUUGAUUCUACCAACAUUAUUGGAGACACGACUCCAACGCUUAGCUCCAACGCUCAUGGCAUUCCGACAACUUUACCGCAAGUCACACGAUUUUCUGACGAUAUCACUAGUACGACAAAUAGCUUAAUUACAUCACCAUUAGUAACAAAUAAUGUUGAUGUUUCGUCUGAAGCGGUAACAACUAAAAGCGAUAUAAUUAUAAUGACACCAUCUUCCAUACAUACUGAUAACACCACAUUCACACCAGAUAAAGAAGAUACUACCGUAAUAUCUAUCCUUCAACAAAAUAUUACUGACUUUAAACAAAAUAAUAGUAUGUUAAACGAAUCGGUCACUCAAGUGAUGCCUGAUAAUGCUUCUUCAAAUACUCAAUCCACGAAUAUUUACGUUACAUCUAAAGUACAACAUACGUCGACAGGAAUUAUAAGUACAUCGACUGAGAGUUUAUCAUCUCGUAGAAAAAUUGUUGAUAUUUCUGCUUGGACUGACACAACUCUUGUAACUGACAUGACUUCGACUGAGACUACUGUACAAAGUACUGACUUACAUAUUAACACCUGUAAAACAAACUCGAAUUGCCCGACAAAUAAAGCCUGCCUUAACGAAGUGUGCCAGAAUCCAUGUGAAAUAGAUGGCAAUGGUUGUACAAAGAACGAAUCAUGUAUAGUCGUGGGUCAUGCCGCCAUUUGUGUGUGUAACGACGUCACUGGGAUCCACUGCUCACGCAAAGAAUCACCUGGAACACCCAAGGUACCAGAACCUUGUCACUCUGAUCGGGACUGUAUAGAGACCGAAGCCUGUUUUAUGGGAUUGUGUCAAAAUCCCUGUGAGUUCGACAACGUAUGUGGCAUAGGAGCCAAUUGCCAACCAGUAAAGCAAAGGCCUAUGUGCUCGUGCCCUGCCGGACAUGAUGGAGAUCCUGCUGUUAAAUGUUCACCUAAAAUAUUUGGUUGCACUCGAAAUGAAGACUGCCCCUUGACUGAAGCUUGUAUAAAUAAUGCAUGUCAACACCCAUGUGCCAUACACAAUCCGUGCGUACCAAAUGCGGUCUGUAUAAACACAAACCAUGGAUCAGACUGUAGCUGUGUCGAAGGAUACCAAGGAAAUGGCUACGUUGGAUGUGUGCCAGUAAUACCACCAGGUUCAGUAUGUCAAUACAAUGAAGACUGUCCUCCAGAACUGCUAUGUGACAAAUUGAACAGAGUUUGCAUAAGCCCCUGUGCUGUAAAUAAGUGUGGAGAUAACGCAGAAUGUUUCCCAGCAAAUCAUGGUAUACAAUGCAAAUGCUCUGCUGGUUUUACCGGAAAUCCUUUCCUUGAAUGUUUCCAAGUACAAGGAUGCCGUUCAGAUAACGAAUGCGCAAAUUCUGAAGCCUGCAUAAAUGGCAAAUGUGGGUCUCCAUGUCGAUGUGGAAUAAACGCUGUAUGUGACGUUUUGAAUCACCGCGCAUCAUGUAAAUGUCUACCAGGUUACACUGGAAAUCCGCAACAUGGAUGUGAACCACCUACAAAUCCAUGUAUUCCAAAUCCUUGUGGAACCAACGCAAUGUGUGAAAGUGAUAACGGCAAUCCAAUUUGUUUCUGUCCUAAAGGAUUAACAGGAAAUCCUUUCAAAAAUUGCAUACCUGAAGGAAAUGAAUGUGAACCAAAUCCUUGCGGCCCGUAUUCUGGAUGCAGAUUAAUCGAUAACAAACCUGCUUGUUUCUGUUUACCCAACUACGAAGGAGAUCCUCCUCGUCAACAAUGUCGCUUACCAAAUAAUCCAUGCAAUCCGUCUCCCUGUGGGCCCAACACACAAUGCACAAUACAAUCAAAUGGAUUUGCAAAAUGCACAUGUUUACCAGGUUAUAUAGAAAGUCCCAAUACAAUUAGAGGAUGUGUGGAAUCACGCAAUCCUUGUGAACCAAAUACUUGUGGUAUCGGAGCACGAUGUGACCCGAACCGAUCUCCACCGUGUUAUUGCCCUGAAAACGCUAUAGGUAAUCCGUAUAAAUCGUGCAACACACAAGGUUACCUUCCACCUGACGUACUUUGUCGACCAGGCCCAUGUGGUCCAAAUGCAGAUUGUUACGUUAGUGGCAAUAUGGAAAUGUGCUUCUGUAAGACUGGAUUUACUGGGGAUCCACAUGUUGGCUGCCAACCUCAAAGAAGUCCGUGUACACCCAACCCUUGUGGGCCUCAAGCCAUCUGUCAAGUCAACUACGAAGGACAAGCAUUGUGUAUUUGUCCUGAAGGCAGUAUAGGUGAUGCUUAUGGAGUUGAUGGUUGUCAUUCUCGAGAAUGUGAAGUAGAUGAUGAAUGUAAACUUAACCGAGCUUGUAUUGGAUAUACUUGUCGGGACCCGUGUCCAGGUGCUUGUGGAAUAAAUGCUAAAUGUCGUGUUGAAUUUCAUAGACCAGUUUGUGUAUGUGCAGAUGGAUUUGUCGGCAAUCCUUUAAUGAGUUGUUUGCCAUCUGGGGAUCAGAAAUCUAAUCCUAAAAAACCUUGUAACACGGUAAGGUGUGGUAUAAACGCAAUUUGCCAAGACGUUGGUGAUAGAGCUCUAUGUUCUUGUCCACCUAAUUUCCUUGGAGAUCCAACAGUAGAAUGUAAACCUCAAUGUACUAUGAAUUCGGAUUGUUCACCCAAUGAAGCUUGUAUAAACCAAAAGUGUACAGAUCCAUGUUCAUUCAAUAACGUGUGUGGUAUACAUGCAGUGUGUUUGUGUUCCGAACACACGGUGUCCUGCCUGUGCCCAGAUGGAUAUAUCGGAGAUCCUUUGACUCAAUGUCUUUAUCGACCAAUAAUAAUUGGAUCUGAUAAUACGACUGUUCAACCAUGCUCGCCUAAUCCUUGCGAUCCUACCGCCCCUUGUGAUACUUAUGGAAAUCAAUUUGCAAUUUGCGACACUUGUGUUGGACCAAAUGCAGUAAAUAAUCCUGCGUGUAGACCAGAAUGCGUGUUUAAUUCAGAAUGUGCCUUUAAUAAGGCUUGCUUGAGAAAUAAAUGCGUAGAUCCCUGCCCAGGAUCAUGUGGCAUUAAUGCAUUGUGUUCAGUUUACCACCAUGAUCCGAUAUGUCACUGCAAAGAAGGCUUCGAAGGAAAUCCUUAUGAACAUUGCAAGCCAACAAGAAAUCCUGUUUUGGUCGAAACGUGCGACAAUGUAAGAUGUGGUGCUAAUGCUAUUUGUGAAGAUAUAAAUGGUGCUCAAACAUGUAAAUGUUUGCCAAACUUUUACGGAAAUCCCUAUAUGUCAUGCCGUCCUGAAUGUGUCGUCAAUAGCGAUUGCUCACCAGAGUUGGCCUGCUUGAAUAAUAAGUGCGAAAACCCUUGUACCGACAUAUGUGGUAUUGGUGCUUUAUGUAAAACCGUCAACCAUCACGCGGUAUGUUAUUGUGAAGUAGGCAAUACUGGAGAUCCUUAUGUAAGGUGCCAACCAACCGUGUCAUUGCCACCUACAGGGUCUACGUGUGACCCAUCGCCUUGUGGACCAUACAGUCGAUGCCUUGUAUCACCUUCAGGAUUUGCAGUAUGCUCGUGCUUACCAGGCCAUAGAGGAGUAGCACCAAUGUGCCAACCUGAGUGUGUCAGUAAUUCGGAUUGUUCCCAAACGGACACUUGUGUAAAUCAACGGUGUACUAAUCCAUGUCAGGGCAGCUGUGGUGUUAAUGCCGAAUGUAUUGUAGUUAAUCAUAACCCAAUAUGUAGUUGUAGCCCAGGAAAAACAGGAGAUCCAUUUGUAGCUUGUGCUGAAGUCAUAGAACCUGUGCCUAUGGACAAAAACCCUUGUGUACCAUCACCGUGUGGCCCCAAUUCUGUUUGCGAAAUUAAGUCAAACCAUCCAGUGUGCUCGUGUCGUCCAAAUUAUUCAGGCACGCCUCCAUACUGUAGACCAGAAUGUGUUAUAAGUCAAGAAUGUCCAUCUAACAAAGCAUGCAUCAACGAGAAAUGUGUCGAUCCAUGUGUUGGUGCCUGCGGUAACAAUGCCAGAUGUAACGUAGUAAAUCACACACCUCUUUGUAGUUGCAUUGAAGGAUAUAGAGGUGAUGCGUUUGUAGGUUGUGUUGCAAUUGCGAAAGAUGAAUCACGAACACCAUGUAACCCAUCACCUUGUGGGGACAAUACUGUAUGCACAGUUGUGAACAAUGUAGCACGGUGCUCAUGUAUACCUCCAAAUAUUGGUAAUCCGUACGCUGGAGGCUGCCGACCAGAAUGUACUAUAAAUUCCGAUUGCCCGAACCACUUAGCAUGCUUAUCCAAUCACUGCAGAGAUCCAUGCAAAGAUUUAUGUGGCGUAAACGCUGAAUGUUCUGUCACUAAUCAUGUUCCAGUAUGUACAUGUUUCAAAGGGUAUGAAGGCAAUCCAUUCUCGUCAUGCCGUCAGAAACCGAAAGCACCGUCACCUUUCAAUCCCUGUGAGCCAUCGCCGUGUGGAGCAAACAGUGAAUGUCAUGUAGUGAAUGACCGCGCCGCAUGUUCAUGCCGCGCUGGUUUCUUGGGUGCACCACCUGCCUGCCGUCCUGAGUGCGCAGUAAAUUCUGAUUGUCCUACAAACAAAGCUUGCAUCAAUCACAAGUGCAAGGAUCCUUGUCUUCAUAGUUGCGGUUUAGAUGCACGAUGUCACGUAGUUGGACAUAAUCCAAUUUGUACUUGCCCAGAAAAUCUACCCGAAGGUGACCCAUUUAUCAGAUGUUACAGGAAAACUAUUACUCAACCAGCGCCGGACCCAUGUCUACCAUCGCCAUGUGGCCCACAUUCUUCCUGCCGCAAUGAAGCCGGCCGUGCAGUUUGUGCAUGCGAACCAGGCACGCUGGGGGCGCCACCGUCUUGUCGUCCACAAUGUGUUAUAAACCAAGACUGCCCGCUGGCGCUUGCUUGUCUAGCUGGCAACUGUGUGAACCCAUGCGUAGGCUCCUGUGGCUUUAAUGCGCGAUGCAUCGUGCAAAACCACCAACCAGUAUGUUCAUGUGACGAAGGAUUUUCUGGUGAUCCGUUUGCUGGCUGCAAUCCUGUUGAAGCUUCGAAAGAUGUACCUCAUCAACCUUGCAAUCCAUCACCUUGUGGACCUAAUGCCAUUUGUCGAGAAAGGAAUGGUGCUGGUUCUUGUACAUGUGUAGAUGAAUUUUACGGUGAUCCAUAUCGUGGCUGUCGUCCAGAAUGUGUCAUGAACACUGACUGUCCUAGAGACAGGUCUUGUUUCAAUAACAAAUGCGUGGACCCGUGCUCUGGCGCUUGUGGACAAAAUACUGAAUGUAGAGUCGCAAACCAUGCACCUUCAUGUUACUGCUUACCUGGAUUUAGAGGAAAUCCUCUUCAUGCAUGUACUCCUGUCUCAUCACUACCGGGACCUGUGGAUCCAUGCAACCCAACACCCUGUGGGCCGUACAGUAAAUGUCGCGUAUUUAAUGGGCAUGCUGUUUGUACAUGUCUUGAUCUGUGCGUUGGCUCUCCGCCAAAUUGUAGGCCUGAAUGUAUCGUUAGUUCCGAUUGUCGACCGGAUAAAGCAUGUAUUAAUCAAAAAUGCCAAGACCCGUGUCCUGGUAUGUGCGGUAUUGAGGCUCAAUGUCAAGUAGUUAACCACAACCCUAUAUGCAGCUGUUUUAAUGGUUACACCGGUGAUCCUUUCAUCAGAUGUUUCUUUGAGGAAAGCAACUUAGCCUGCAUUUCUGAAAGGUGUAGUGAUCCUUGUCCGGGAUCAUGUGGAUACCACGCAAGUUGUGCUGUUGUUAAACACGUUCCAGUAUGUUCUUGUGACCAAGGGUAUACUGGAGAUCCAUUUUCUGGCUGUUCUCCUAUUCCAUCUAUUGAACCACAAGUUGAAAGUCCAUGCUCACGAUCACCGUGUGGGGCAAAUGCCAUAUGCAAAGAAAGACAAGGAAUCGGUUCAUGUACUUGCCUUCCUGAUUAUUUUGGAGACCCAUAUGUGGAAUGCCGUCCUGAAUGUGUCUUAAACUCAGACUGUCCAAGAGACAGAGCUUGCAUCAAUAAUAAAUGUAAAGAUCCCUGUCCUGGAGUAUGUGGAAUGAACGCUGAAUGUCGUGUAAACAAUCACGCGCCCUCUUGCGCCUGCUUGCCUGGUUACGAAGGAAAUCCAUUUACGUCUUGUUACAUACGACAAAAUGAAAUACCAAUUGAUCCGUGCUCACCAUCCCCUUGUGGACCAUACAGUUUAUGUCGUAUUACCAGUGGUCACGCUAUAUGCUCCUGUCAAGAGCUAUAUUUCGGGACACCGCCCUUCUGUCGGCCGGAAUGCAUGGUUAGCAGCGAAUGUAUGCCCAACAAAGCAUGUAUCAAUCAGAAAUGUGUUGAUCCCUGCAUCGGAGCGUGUGGGAACAAUGCGAAAUGUACUGUAGUCAACCACAAUGCAUUAUGUAGUUGUCCACCAAAUUACGCUGGAGAUCCAUUCGUACAUUGCUCAUAUGAAAAACGGCCGGAAUCUAAGCCUUCUGGAAAUCCUUGUAUACCGUCGCCAUGUGGACCUAAUUCACAAUGCCGGGUAAUUGGCGAGACUCCGGCUUGUUCUUGUCAACCUGGUUACAUAGGAAGAGCACCUAAUUGUCGUCCUGAAUGUAUAUAUGAUGAAGAAUGUCCGAGUAACUUAGCUUGCAUCCGUGAAAAGUGUGUAAAUCCCUGCCAAGGAUCUUGUGGCUCAAAUGCAGAAUGUGUUGUAAUAAACCAUAAAGCUGUUUGCCAUUGUCGUGAAAGCUAUACUGGUGAUCCGUUUAGUGGUUGUUACUUUAUUGUCACAGUACCAAGUGAAGAUGAAACGAAUCCAUGUAAUCCAUCUCCGUGUGGUCCGAACGCUAUAUGCACUGAAAAGAAUUCGGUUGGAGCCUGUACAUGUGCGCCGGGAUACUUUGGUGAUCCAUAUUUGGGUUGUCGUCCUGAAUGUGUCACAAACAACGACUGUCCUUUUGAUAAAGCAUGUUCUAAUAAUAAAUGUGUAGAUAUAUGUCAAGGCGCGUGUGGUCUAAAUGCACAGUGUACUGUUGCGCAUCAUACACCAGUAUGCCUGUGUAUUGAUGGUUAUGAAGGAAAUCCAGUCGUAUCAUGUCAUCUACAAAGAAAACCACCUAUCGCGGAUGUUAACCCCUGUAUUCCAACGCCUUGUGGACCUUAUAGCAAUUGUAAAGUUGUGGAUGACCACGGAGUAUGCUCUUGCCGGGAAGGAUUUGUGGGCACACCACCCACUUGUAGACCAGAAUGCGUUAUAAGCACAGAUUGUCCUCAACAUCAAGCUUGCAUUAAACAAAAAUGUCGGGACCCAUGCCCAGGAACUUGUGGUGUCAACGCAAGAUGCCAAGUGAUAAACCAUAAUCCGAUAUGUACUUGUAAUGCUGGAUUUACUGGCGAUCCGUUCGUAACUUGCCAGUUGGAACAAAAACCUAUCUUAGACGUGCCUAAAGGAAAUCCAUGUGUUCCAUCACCAUGCGGUCCAUAUUCUCAGUGUAAAGUAGUUGGCGAAGCGCCUGCAUGUUCAUGCUUACCGAAUUACAUUGGUGUAGCACCAAAUUGUAGACCUGAAUGUUCUAUAAACGCGGAAUGCCCUGGUAAUCUUGCAUGCCAAAAUGAGAAAUGUGUGGAUCCAUGUCCUGGCUCUUGUGGUUUUAAUGCGGAAUGUUCUGUAGCCAAUCAUGUCGCACUAUGUAGCUGUUGGUUGGGAUAUACAGGUGAUCCUUUCAGUGGCUGUUCACCGUUCAAACAACAUUCAGAGCCACCGCCAAAUCCUUGCAGUCCAUCGCCCUGUGGCGCUAACGCGUUAUGUAAAGAACGAAACGGAGUGGGCUCCUGUUCAUGCUUGCCGGAAUACUUUGGUGAUCCUUACACAGGAUGUCGACCAGAAUGUGUCUCAAAUUCAGACUGUGAUCGCAACAAGGCGUGUUCAAACAAUCGCUGCAAAGAUCCUUGUCCAGGAGCUUGCGGCAUUAAUGCUGAAUGUCGAACUGUCAACCAUUCUCCAACAUGCACGUGUCUCACUGGUUACACCGGUAACCCAUUAGUUAGAUGCGAAAUAGAAAUUGUUACAGAAAAUCCGAAGACCCCAUUAGACCCUUGUCAACCAUCACCUUGUGGGCCAAACAGCUUAUGUCGAGUGAUAAACGGUCACAGUGUAUGUACUUGUGAGAGUGACUACAUUGGCACACCACCUUCCUGCCGACCCGAGUGUAUUGUCAGUUCGGAAUGUCCACAAGACAAAGCCUGUAUUAAAAAGAAGUGCAAGGAUCCAUGCCAGAACUCUUGCGGCGUCAACGCGAGAUGCCAAGUAAUAACACACAAUCCCAUUUGUACUUGUAGUCCCGGAUACACUGGAGAUCCAUUUACACAGUGCACUCUGAUAGAACGUGACGUUCCUACCACAAACCCAUGUGUACCUUCUCCAUGUGGACCUAAUUCGGAAUGUCGUGUUAUUGGAGAUCAGGCUGCAUGUUCCUGUUUGCCAAACUACAUUGGCAGAGUGCCGAAUUGUAGACCGGAAUGUACUAUUGAUCCAGAAUGUCCUAGUAACACAGCUUGUAUAAACGAGCGUUGUAAGGACCCUUGUCAAGGGGCGUGCGGUGUAAAUGCUCUUUGUUUAACUAUUAAUCACAAACCAGUAUGCUCUUGCCAGCACGGAUUUACUGGUGACGCCGGAAAGAAUUGUAUUCAAAUCGUUAUAUCAUCAACUGAAAUGACUCCAACAUCAAGCCCAUGCACGCCUUCUCCAUGUGGUCCUAACGCAGAAUGCCGUGAAUACAACGGAGCUGGUGCUUGUGUGUGUUCGGAAGGCUACGAGGGUGACCCAUACAGUACGCAGGGAUGCAGAAGGGAAUGUGAAAGUAACGAUGAUUGUGCACCAAAUUUAGCAUGUACUCGAUUUAAAUGUAUCGAUCCCUGCCCAAGAACAUGUGGGCAAAUGGCACAAUGUACUGUGGAAAAUCAUAUUCCUGUUUGUACUUGUCCUAGAGGAUAUACUGGUGAUCCAUUCUUCCAGUGUAAAGAAAUUACCAUAUCUCCUACUCCACCACAAAAUCCAUGUGAACCCACACCAUGUGGACCAAACAGCCAGUGCAGACAAGUAAACAUGCAAGCAGUAUGUUCAUGUUUACCGAAUUACAUCGGUUCACCUCCAGCCUGCCGCCCACAGUGUAUUGUUAAUAGUGAAUGUGACACUUCAAAGGCUUGUAUCAAUCAAAAAUGUGAUGACCCUUGUCCGCAUUCCUGUGGCUUGAGAGCACACUGCAUUGUAAAGAAUCAUAGUCCUAUAUGUACAUGUCCGUUGGGAAUGACUGGAGAUCCUUUCACUCAGUGUUAUGGAAUUCCACCCACAACAGAAAGACCCCCAUCUUGUACUCCUUCACCGUGUGGUCCUCAUUCACGUUGUCAACUAUUAGCAAGUGGACCAGCAUGCUCGUGUCUUCCUGGUUACGUGGGUUCUCCGCCAUCUUGUCGACCAGAAUGUACAAUUAACGCCGAAUGUCCGGCUUCACUUGCAUGUGUACGACAAAAAUGUGAGGACCCGUGUCCGGGCUCGUGUGGAGUAGAUGCGUCAUGUCAUGUAUUGAACCAUGUAGCCGUGUGUGUAUGUAACGAAGGUUUUACUGGUGAUCCGUUUGCAAGAUGUCUACGUAUUGUUGAAGAUUCAACAACACCGGCCCCUACAGACCCAUGCAAUCCAUCUCCAUGUGGUGCUAAUGCUGUAUGCGACAACGGAUUCUGUACUUGUCUAGCAGAUUACAGCGGAAAUCCUUACGAAAGUUGCCGACCAGAAUGCACUGGAAGCCAAGAAUGUCCCCGAGAUAAGGCCUGUUUCAGAAAUAAAUGCCGAGAUCCUUGUCCAGGCACAUGUGGACAAAAUGCUAAAUGUGACGUCAUUAACCAUAUACCGACGUGUUCAUGUAUGACAGAAUAUACUGGCAACCCAUUCACUCAUUGUCGUCGUAUGGAACAAGAGAAAGCAAGACCAAAGGACCCUUGUCAUCCUUCUCCUUGUGGACCCAACAGUAUUUGCAAAAACGUCGACAAUGCUGCAGUUUGUGCUUGUCUUGAAGGAUUCCAAGGAUCACCACCAACUUGUCGGCCAGAAUGUGUGGUCAGCUCUGAAUGUCCGUCAACUAAAGCAUGCGUAAAUCAAAAGUGUAUUAAUCCCUGUAUAAACGCUUGUGGAGUAUCAGCACGUUGUGAAGUAAUAAACCAUAGUCCAAUUUGCAGCUGUAACUCAGGGCAAACUGGUGAUCCAUUUAAAAGUUGUUACGAUAUAGUAAUUCCACCGUCUCCACCAGUAGAUGCAUGCAAUCCAUCUCCAUGUGGACCUAAUUCACAAUGUAUGGAAAGAAAUGGAAAAGCUAAUUGCAGAUGUAUCGAAAACUACAUCGGACAACCACCAAAUUGUAGACCAGAAUGUGUGAUAAAUCCAGAUUGCCCUUCAAAUCAAGCAUGUAUUAAGAAUAAAUGUGUAGAUCCAUGCCCUGGUUCAUGUGGAGUAAAUGCUGACUGCAUCGUGGUGAGCCAUACUGUUUCCUGUAUGUGCAGAGAAAAGUUUACGGGUAAUCCAUUUAUGCAGUGUGUUGUUCAAGAAGAAAAUGCAGUUCAGCCCUGUGAUCCGUCGCCAUGUGGAGCAAAUGCAAUUUGUACUCAAAGGGAUGGAGCUGGAUCAUGUUCCUGUCUAGAAGGAUACCUAGGAAAUCCUUAUGACGGUUGUCGCCCUGAAUGUGUACUAAGUUCCGAUUGUCCUGCCGAUAAAUCAUGUAUUAGAAAUAAAUGUGUAGACCCUUGCCCUGGAAUAUGUGGUAGGAACGCUGAAUGCAAUGUUAUAAACCACGUUCCAAGCUGUGCCUGUAUCAAGGGGUACACAGGAAAUCCAUUUGAUCAGUGUAUGAAGGAACAGCCCAUAGAAAUAGUUAAACCAUGCCAGCCAUCACCAUGUGGUCCCAACAGUAUUUGCAGAGAAAACGGUGGAUUAGCAUCAUGUGAAUGCCUUCCAGACUAUAGAGGCGCUCCUCCUGAUUGUAGACCUGAAUGUACUGAUAGUAGUGAAUGCCCAUCAGAUAGGGCUUGUCAUAGAUUGAAAUGCGCAGAUCCUUGCAGAGGCACAUGUGGCAUAGGCUCUCAUUGUCAAGUUAUUAAUCAUAGUCCAUUAUGCAGUUGCCCAGCGGGUAUGACUGGCGAUCCGUUUAAGAAAUGUUUCGAAAUUGAAAAGACAGAAUACGUACCAGAUCUACCUCAACCUCAUCCAUGUCAGCCGAAUCCUUGUGGAGCGUACAGUGAAUGUCGACCGAUUAACAAUAGUCCGUCAUGUUCUUGUGUACAAGGAUAUAUAGGAGCUCCGCCUAACUGCCAUCCAGAAUGUCUUGUAAAUACAGAUUGUCCAUCUCAUCAGGCAUGUAUCGCAGAAAGAUGUAGAAACCCAUGUGAAGGUUCAUGUGGAUUCAGAGCAGAAUGUCGUGUACAUGACCAUAUACCGAUUUGUAGCUGUCCGACCGGUUUUUCAGGCGAUCCAUUUAUACAAUGCACGGAAGUGUUAGAAACUCCUCCGAUCACACAAGAUCCUUGUAAUCCAUCGCCAUGCGGUAGCAAUGCAAUAUGUGAUGCAGGAAUUUGCUCUUGUGCUCCCGGAUAUUUUGGAGAUCCUUACACCGGCUGUCGACUUGAAUGUAGUACUAAUGGCGAAUGCUCCCCAACACGGACAUGUCAAAGAGGCAAAUGUGUAGAUCCUUGUCCAGGUGCAUGUGGGACGAAUGCUAUAUGUUCAGUCAAUAACCAUAUACCAUCAUGUACGUGUCCGCCUUCCACCUCAGGCGAUCCUUUCAAUCUGUGCACAGAAAUUAGAAAAGAAAUUCCUUCAACAUCUCCUUGCUCGCCGUCUCCAUGUGGCCCAUACAGUGAAUGUUCAGUGAGUAAAAAUGGGGCUGCUGCCUGUUCGUGCAAGGCUGGACAUGUUGGAUCGCCACCAUCGUGUCGCCCUGAAUGUCUAGUCAGCGCUGAGUGUAAAUUACAAUUGGCUUGUAUUGAUCGCCGAUGUCGGGACCCUUGCGAAGGAGCGUGUGGUCGAGGCGCACGUUGUCAAGUUAUCGCUCAUUCACCUAUUUGCACAUGUAAUGAAGAUUAUACUGGCGAUCCAUUCUCAUAUUGUUAUCCAAAACCAGUACCACCAUCAAAACCAAUUGAUCCUUGUGAGACUUCACCAUGCGGUCCUAAUUCGCUUUGCAUAAACUCUGGAGAUACACCAGCGUGCAGCUGCCAGCCAGGAUUUAUAGGAGCACCACCUAAUUGUCGACCGGAAUGUACGAUCAGCGCCGAAUGUCCUGCGGCCCUGGCUUGUGUUGCACAGAAAUGUAAAGAUCCGUGCGAACAAGCUUGCGGCCCACGGGCAAUAUGUUCUGUAGUCGACCAUCGAGCUAUCUGCGCCUGUGAACCGGGUCUAGAAGGUGACCCUUUCCAGGGUUGUUCACAGCCAAAAGAAACAACUCCAAGUGUAGCUGCGCCAUCAAAUCCUUGCGUUCCAUCACCAUGUGGUCCAUACUCCGAAUGUCGGGAUAACAACGGAUUAGCUUCAUGUUCAUGUUUGCCGUCUUACAUUGGCUCACCACCAUACUGUAAGCCUGAAUGCGUUGUCCACUCUGACUGCCCGAGUGAUCAAGCAUGUGAAGCUGAGAAGUGUCGAAACCCUUGUGAAGGCUCUUGCGGUUUAUACGCCAAAUGUUUUGUUAAUAAUCAUGUGCCUGUCUGCCUCUGUCCAGAUGGCUUUACAGGAGAUCCGUUUAGACAAUGUACUCCUAAGCCCAUUGAAGAUGUACCUGUGACUUCACCAAGUGAUCCUUGUCACCCAAGCCCUUGUGGGCCGAACAGCGUUUGCAACAAUGGUGUUUGUUCAUGUGUUGCUGAAUACCACGGAGAUCCUUACCUUGGCUGUCGACCAGAAUGUGUGUAUAACACAGAUUGUCCGUUGGAUAAGGGCUGCUUACAAAAUAAAUGUGUAAAUCCUUGUAUUGGAACUUGUGGAUUGAAUGCCAACUGUGAAGUCAUGAACCAUGUGCCGAUGUGUUCUUGUCCUAAGGGUAUGAGCGGCAACGCAUUUAUAGAAUGCAGAGUAUCAGCAGUAACUAUUACCAACCCCUGCAAUCCCUCACCAUGUGGUCCGAACAGCCGUUGUCAAGAAUCAAAUGGACAAGCAGUGUGUUCUUGCGUACCAGGAUAUCGCGGUAGUCCACCGACAUGUCGACCAGAAUGCGUUGUUAGUCUGGAAUGUUCUCUAAAAGAAGCCUGCAACAACCAAAAGUGUAUAAAUCCUUGUGUAGGAGCCUGUGGUACGGCAGCCAUUUGUGAUGUUAUCAAUCACAACCCAAUUUGUACAUGCCCACCCUCAUUUACUGGAGAUCCAUUUGUGAGAUGUAUCGUUACAGUUGCUGUGGAACCACAAGUCAACCCAUGUGAACCAUCACCGUGUGGACCACACUCUAUUUGCAGAAUAAGUGGAGAGAGUCCCAUUUGUGCUUGUUUACCAACCUACAAGGGAACGCCACCGAAUUGUCGGCCAGAGUGCAUUAGCAAUAGCGAGUGUGACUAUAACUUAGCAUGCCUUAAUCAGAAAUGCGUAGACCCUUGCUUAGGCGCUUGUGGUUCUAAUGCUGAGUGUAGAGUUGUUAGUCAUGCUCCUAUGUGCUUAUGUCAGGCUGGUUAUACGGGUGAUCCAUUUACAUACUGCAGUACUAUGAAUAUCGUGGAACAGACUGAAGUUUUAACGCCAUGCAAUCCAAACCCAUGCGGAUCCAACGCUGUGUGCAAAGAACAAACAGGUGUUGGAUCAUGUCAAUGUUUAGAGGGUUACUUGGGAAAUCCUUAUGAAGGCUGCCGGCCAGAGUGUAUAGUCAAUUCUGACUGUCCUCUGAAUAGAGCAUGUUCUAGAAUGAAGUGUAUUGACCCUUGCCCUGGUACAUGUGGCUCAAAUGCUAUAUGCCAAGUGCAGAAUCAUGUUCCGACAUGCUUAUGUCAGCAAGGAUACACAGGAAAUCCAUUCAGCCACUGCAAUAUCAUGCAAGAACUUUCACAACCGCCACAAAAUGUACUAUCUCAAGAUCCGUGUUUGUCAUCGCCAUGCGGUUUAUAUGCGGAGUGUCGGAACAUUGGAAAUGCUCCUUCGUGUGCUUGCAAACCUAAUUACAUUGGAAGUCCACCUAACUGCAGACCAGAAUGUACUAUAAACUCUGAAUGCCCCAGCAAUCAGGCUUGUAUCAACGAAAAAUGUCGCGACCCCUGUCCGGGAGCUUGUGGUGUAAAUGCACAAUGUACUGUGUUUAACCAUAUUGCCCAAUGUGGCUGUUCUGAACAGUUCACUGGAGAUCCAUUUACGCGUUGUCUACCAGUACCAGACAAUGAUGAUAUUCAACCACCACCUUACAUUAACCCAUGUGAACCGUCACCUUGUGGUCCGAACUCAGUAUGUAGAGAAGUAGGAGGUUCUCCGUCGUGUGCUUGUCAAGUUGAUUAUGUGGGGAAUCCUCCGAACUGCCGCCCAGAAUGUAUUUCUAAUUCUGAAUGUUCAAAUGAACUAGCAUGUAUUAAUCAAAAAUGUCAAGAUCCUUGUCCAGGUUCUUGCGGAUCUGGUGCUGAGUGUCGAGUAGUGAGCCAUUCUCCCCAAUGUUUGUGUCCUCUAGGAUACACUGGUGAUGCAUUCAGAGGAUGUCAAAUUAUUGAUGUUCCGCUUGCUCCUUGCUCUCCUUCGCCUUGUGGUCCAAAUGCUAUUUGUAAAGAACAAAGAAAUGCUGGUGCUUGUGUGUGCCUCCCAGAUUAUAUCGGAAAUCCUUACGAAGGUUGCCGCCCAGAAUGCGUUGUCAAUUCAGAUUGUCCUACAAACAUGGCGUGUAUCCAAAAUAAAUGUAAAAACCCUUGUAACAACAUUUGUGGACGCAAUGCCGUAUGUAAUGUUGUCAAUCACACCCCGACGUGUGUAUGUCCACCUGGCUUAACAGGAAGUCCUUAUCAAAACUGCUACGAAGAAAUACUAGAUACCCCAAUAGUUAAUAAGGAUCCUUGUUCUCCGUCGCCUUGCGGCCCAAAUAGCAUUUGCAAAGUAGCGAAUAACCAAGCGGUAUGUACAUGCGAACCUGAAUAUUUGGGAAUACCGCCUGCAUGUAGACCUGAGUGUAUCGUUAGCUCAGAAUGUAACCAACAACAAGCAUGUAUUCAACGAAAAUGUAAAGAUCCUUGUGAUGGCGUUUGUGGACUGAAUACGGAGUGCAAGGUUAUAAAUCAUAGUCCUAUUUGCUCGUGUCGUCCACAAUACACAGGAGAUCCAUUUAGCAGAUGUUAUAGAGCACCAGUUGUGGAUGUUACACCGGUGGCUACAAAUCCUUGUCUGCCAUCGCCAUGCGGUCCAUUCUCGAAUUGUCGCGAUAUGGGUGGUACCCCGUCGUGCUCCUGUUUACCACAGUAUACGGGUAGUCCACCAAAUUGUCGUCCAGAAUGUACCAUUAACACGGACUGUUCUAAUGAGUUGGCCUGUAUCAAUGAAAAAUGUGUAGAUCCCUGUCCAGGGUCGUGUGGCGUAAAUGCUAACUGUAGAGUACAAGGGCAUGUGUCUAUAUGCACGUGCUUUGAUGGCUACAUUGGUGAUCCAUUCCAAAGCUGUUCUUUUAAACCGAAUAUAGAACCUAUAGAGGCAGAUUUAUGCAAUCCUUCACCGUGUGGGCCAAAUGCAAUCUGCAACGAUGGAGUUUGUACUUGCUUACCUGAAUAUAACGGUGAUCCAUACUUUGAAUGUCGUCCUGAAUGUACAAUAAGUUCUGAAUGCCCGAUGGAUAAGGCGUGUGUCAAAAAUCGAUGCAUCAAUCCUUGCAUUAGCAAUACCUGUGGCAUUAACGCCAACUGUGAAGUUGUCAAUCACAUGGCAGUUUGCACUUGCCCAUCCAGGACUACAGGCAACGCUUUUAUACAAUGUACUCCCGUGAGAGAAAUGAUUUCAUCUAAUCCGUGUCAACCAAGUCCAUGUGGCCCUCACAGUCAAUGCCGAGAAUUUAAUGAACAAGCUGUAUGCUCUUGUUUACUUGGCUUCCGUGGAGCACCUCCUUCUUGUCGACCAGAGUGUGUUGCUAGUUCUGACUGCCCUCUCAAUAAAGCAUGUACCAAUCAAAAGUGUGUUGAUCCUUGUCAAGGAACAUGUGGUGUAGCAGCCAAAUGUCAAGUAGUGAAUCAUAAUCCAAUUUGUUCAUGUCCUUCGGGAAUGACUGGAGAUCCAUUUACAAGAUGUAUGAUUAAGCCUGCUGAUGAACCUCUGAUACCGGUAAAUCCGUGUUUACCAUCUCCAUGUGGACCCAAUUCUAUUUGUGAACAAACAAGUGGAGCUAUACCUUCAUGUCAAUGCCAACCCGAAUUUAUUGGAACACCACCCAACUGUCGCCCGGAGUGUGUGGCUAACAGUGAAUGUGCUCCUCAAAUGGCUUGUAUAAAUAGAAAGUGUCAAAACCCAUGCACACAGGCAUGUGGCAUCAACGCUGAUUGUAGAGUCGUCAGCCAUACACCUAUUUGUAUUUGUCCGGAGGGAUACACAGGUGACGCAGCAGUCCACUGCUCAAUAACAGCAAUGAUACCUGUUGAAUCUCUAUCGCCAUGCACACCGUCACCAUGUGGAUCGAACGCUGAAUGCAGGGAACAAGCUGGAGCUGGAGCGUGUAUUUGUGUUACUGGAUACUUUGGCAAUCCUUAUGAAGCAUGUCAUCCGGAAUGCCUUGUAAAUUCCGACUGUCCAAGUAACAAAGCAUGUACGCGAAAUAAGUGCAUCGAUCCUUGCCCUGGUACAUGUGCCGUGAAUGCUGAUUGUCAAGUGGUGAAUCAUUCGCCUUUAUGUACAUGUCGGCAAGGAUAUGUUGGAGAUCCUUUCACGCAGUGUAAUUUAAAACAAAAAGAUGAUCCGUGCAAUCCAUCACCGUGUGGAAACAAUGCGGAAUGUAAUGACGGGCAAUGCAAAUGUCUCCCGGAAUUCCUUGGGGACCCAUACACAGGAUGUCGACCUGAAUGUGUACAGAGUUCUGAAUGUUCUCGUGAUAAGGCUUGCAUCAGAAACAAAUGUGUGGACCCUUGUCCUGGCACGUGUGCGAUCACAGCUACUUGUAGUGUUGUAAACCAUAUUCCAAUGUGUAGCUGUCCCGAGCGCAUGACUGGAAAUGCUUUUGUUGAUUGUCGUCCUGUAUUAGAACCAGUAAUAUCAAACCCCUGUCAACCAUCUCCAUGCGGACCAAACAGUCAAUGUAGAGAUGUCAACGGUCAAGCAGCUUGUUCAUGUGCUCCGAAUAAUAUCGGAGCUCCUCCUGCAUGUAGGCCUGAGUGCACCAUUAGUGCUGAAUGUCCACUCAAUCAAGCCUGCAGCAACCAACGCUGUGUUGAUCCUUGUGUUGGUUCCUGCGGCGUAAACGCUGAAUGUAAAGUAGUCAACCACAACCCAAUAUGCACGUGUCCAGUAUCGUAUACUGGUGACCCAUUCACACGUUGCUUUAGAUUACCGGAACGUUUACCUGAGCCAGUAAACCCAUGCCAACCGACACCUUGUGGACCUAAUUCCCUUUGUAGAGUAGUAAAUGAAGCUCCAUCUUGCACUUGCUUGGAUGGUUACCAUGGUCAAGCUCCUUACUGUAGGCCAGAAUGCACAAGUAAUGAAGAAUGUUCUACACAUUUGUCGUGUAUUAACAAUAAGUGUAAAAAUCCUUGUGAAGGUGCCUGCGCUAGUAAUGCUGAGUGUAAAGUGGUUAGCCAUUCACCUAUUUGCCUUUGCCCGUAUGGAUUUACUGGAGAUCCAUUCUUUAACUGCGUUCACGAACCUUUGCACAUAGACUAUGUCUCUACUCCUUGUUCACCUUCACCAUGUGGAGCCAACGCUAUUUGUAAAGAGAGAAACAACGCUGGAUCUUGUACAUGCUUGGAGGGUUACAUUGGAAAUCCUUACGAAGGUUGCCGACCAGAGUGUGUUGUGAACACCGAUUGUCCUUCAAAUAGAGCUUGCAUCAACAAUAAAUGCGGCGAUCCUUGUCCAGGCAGCUGUGGUACCAAUGCAGAAUGUCAAGUUGUCAAUCAUGCUCCACUAUGCACAUGUGUCAAUGGUUACACUGGAGAUCCAUUCCGCUAUUGUGUCUACCAAGACGAUCCUGUUCCUGAUGUAAGGAAACCAUGUGUUCCAUCUCCCUGUGGACCAAAUUCUGAAUGCCGAGAAAUUGGAAACUCACCGUCCUGCUCGUGUUUGCCAUCAUUUAUUGGUAGUCCACCUAAUUGUCGACCGGAAUGUACAAUACACUCUGAUUGCCAAAGUGAUCGAGCAUGCAUUAAUUCAAAGUGUUUAGACCCGUGUCCCGGAUCAUGUGGUGUGUCAGCCAUAUGCAGUGUUCUUAACCAUAUUCCUAUAUGUUCAUGUAUCGACGGAUAUAUUGGAGAUCCAUUCACUAGCUGCAGACCAAAACCGUUAGAAGUUGAACCAACCGUUAUAGAUGCUUGCACAAAUAUACGGUGUGGAUCCAAUGCUGAGUGUGUAAAUGGACAGUGUCAAUGUCUACCCGAAUACCAUGGAGAUCCAUACUUCAAUUGCCGACCAGAAUGCGUUUUUAGUACUGAUUGUGAUCAAACCAAAGCUUGUGUGCAAAGAAAAUGUGUUGAUCCGUGUAUUGGUGCAUGUGGGCAAAAUGCUGUGUGUCAAGUUGUUAAUCACAUUCCCAUGUGCAGCUGCAAUGGUGGCUUUACUGGAAACGCAUUCGUGUUAUGUAAUCCUAUAAGAGAACUACCUGCUCAAAACCCAUGUAGCACGUCGAUCUGUGGCCCCAAUAGUCAAUGUCGGGAAGUUAAUAACCAAGCCGUGUGUUCUUGCUUGCCUACAUAUUUGGGAAUACCACCAGCUUGUCGACCAGAAUGUGUCGUUAGUGCAGAGUGUCCACAAAAUGAAGCUUGUAUGAAACAGAAAUGUGUGAACCCUUGUAUAGGAACCUGUGGAUUAAGAGCUACGUGCGAAGUGGUUAACCACAAUCCUAUUUGUGCUUGCCCUGCAGCACAUUCUGGUGAUCCAUUCGUCGAGUGCACUUUCAUUUCAAAUUCCCCACCUUUAGAAAUCAACCCGUGUCAGCCUUCACCAUGUGGACCAAACUCGAUAUGUAAAGAAAUUAAUGGAAGUCCGUCGUGUACUUGCUUGCCUGAAUAUAAAGGUCAACCACCGUACUGUAAACCGGAAUGUAUAAGUAAUAGCGAAUGUUCUCCCCAUUUAGCAUGUGUCAAUCAAAAGUGCCGAGAUCCAUGCAUUCAGGCGUGUGGAGCAAAUGCUGAGUGCCGAGUAGUUAGCCACUCAGCUAUGUGCGUGUGUCCACAAGGUUAUUUCGGAGAUCCAUUUUCACAAUGUACACCGCAAAGCGUAAAUGAAUUAUUGACUCCAUGUUCUCCAUCACCCUGUGGACCUAAUGCUAUAUGCAGGGAACAAAAUAAGGUUGGAUCCUGUAUUUGUAAUGAAGGAUACUUUGGAAAUCCAUACGAAGGAUGUCGACCAGAAUGUGUCAGCAACUCGGACUGUCCAGGAAACAGAGCUUGUAUUGGGAAUAAAUGUCAAGACCCUUGUCCUGGUACUUGUGGAAUCAAUGCCGAUUGUUCUACGAUACACCAUGCUCCGACAUGUACUUGCUUAACAGGUUAUACAGGCGAUGCAUUCCGGCGAUGCAACCUUAUUCCUGCUCAAGAUGUAAUUCCGAUAAAUGUAUGUUAUCCAAACCCAUGUGGACCAAACAGUCAAUGUCGGGAAAUAAACGGACAGGCCACAUGCAGCUGUUUACCUAAUUAUCUCGGAGAACCACCCACUUGCAGAUUAGAAUGUGUCAUGAACUCAGACUGUGCUUCAGACAAAGCAUGUAUCAACCAAAAAUGUGUGAACCCUUGUCCAGGCCCCUGCGGUCAGAGAUCUGAAUGUAGAGUGUUCAAUCAUAAUCCUAUUUGUAGCUGUGGUUCAGGUUUAACAGGUGAUCCAUUCACUAGAUGUUAUCCAAAGCCAGCACCCCAGCCGGUUUUAGAUGAAGCUAAAGACCCGUGUAUACCAUCACCGUGCGGUGCUUUUUCAACUUGCCGUAACUUCGGCGGACAAGCUUCAUGCUCUUGUUCGCCUGGGUACAUCGGUAGCCCACCUAACUGUCGCCCCGAGUGUGUUACGAAUCAAGACUGUAUCAGUUCAUUAGCAUGCAUCAACCAGAAGUGCAGGGAUCCUUGCCUCGGCUCAUGUGGUCAAAAUGCGCGUUGUUCUGUGAUGAAUCACUUAGCUAUCUGCUCGUGCCAUGAAGGUUACAAAGGCGACCCAUUCACUGCGUGUACAGUAGAACCGUUAAAAGAUCCCAGUCCACUCGACCUGUGUAAUCCUUCGCCAUGUGGCUCCAAUACAGAGUGCCACGACGGAGAAUGUACAUGCUUGCCGGAGUAUCAUGGAGACCCGUACGUGGGUUGUCGUCCUGAAUGUACUGUCAGCGCAGAUUGUCAAAAGAAUCAGAUAUGUGUACGCAAAAAAUGUGUGAACCCAUGCCCGGAUACAUGCGGUGCUAAUGCUGUAUGCGAAGUUUUCAACCAUAUUCCAAUGUGUAGUUGUCCAGCCGGUUACACAGGAAAUUCUUUUGUUUCAUGCAACGUAUUACAAGCACCUUUACCGACCAACCCAUGCAAUCCAAGUCCAUGUGGUCCAAACAGUCAAUGUCGAGAUAUAAAUAAAGUGGCUGUGUGUUCCUGUAUACCCGGCUACUCUGGAAACCCUCCAACAUGUCGCCCAGAAUGCACUACUAGCGCAGAAUGUCCACUUAAUAAGGCUUGUAACAAUUAUAAGUGUAUUGAUCCAUGCAUUGGAGCAUGUGGAAUCUCAGCACAUUGCGAGGUCGUAAACCACAACCCUAUUUGCUCGUGUCCAAAUGAAUUCACUGGUGAUCCAUUUACCAGAUGUGUACCAAAACCACAGGAAAAUCCACCCCAAAUAAACCCUUGUUUGCCUUCACCUUGUGGACCAAAUUCAAUUUGUCAAACCAUUAAUGAAUCACCAUCCUGUACUUGUAUGGCAGAGUUUAUUGGAGCGCCACCGAACUGCCGACCAGAAUGUACUAGUAACAGCGAAUGUGCGAAUCACUUAGCGUGCAUUAAUAACAAGUGUGGUGAUCCUUGCGUAGGUGCAUGUGGCUCCUUAGCAGAAUGCCGUGUUGUAAGUCAUACUCCUAAUUGUGUAUGUCCGCAAGGGUACAUUGGAGAUCCAUUUGUCUUUUGUAACGUACAACACGAUGUGGCUCCAGUGGAACGACCUACACCUUGCACUCCAUCUCCAUGCGGAAGCAAUGCUAUAUGUAAAGAACGUAACAACGCCGGCUCUUGUGUUUGCGCAUCUGGUUAUUUUGGCAAUCCUUAUGAAGGCUGUCGACCUGAAUGUACGGUCAAUACAGAUUGUCCUUCAAACCGAGUGUGUCAGCAAAAUAAGUGUCAGGAUCCAUGUCCUGGCACAUGUGGUACAAAUGCUGAGUGCCAAACUGUGAAUCACGCACCCAUAUGUACAUGCAAUAGUGGGUACACUGGCAAUCCAUUCCAUCACUGUAGUAUUGUACAAAAUAUCGAACCAUCAACAAAUCCUUGUACGCCAUCACCAUGUGGUCCCAAUAGUGCAUGUAAGGAAGUAAAUGAUCAAGCAGUUUGUACUUGUUUACCAAAUUACAGAGGUGCUCCACCAAACUGUAGACCUGAAUGUGUCGUUAGUGCAGAAUGUCCUUCCAACUCAGCAUGUGUCGGACUGAAAUGCAUUGACCCGUGUGUUGGACAGUGUGGUUUUAAUGCAAACUGCCUUGUCAUCAAUCACAGUCCUAUAUGCUCUUGCAAAAAUGGCUAUACUGGAGAUCCAUUCAGUAGGUGCUACCAAAUAUUGACCAUACCUCAAAUCCAAGAGGCGCCUAAAAACCCUUGCUUGCCAUCACCUUGUGGACCGUUCAGUGAAUGUAGAGAUAUUGGAGGAAUACCAUCUUGCACCUGUCUUCCAAAUUAUAUAGGAGCUCCACCAGGUUGUCGUCCUGAGUGCAUUAUUAACGCUGACUGCUCUAGCAACUUAGCUUGCAUCAAUCAAAAAUGCAAAGACCCUUGUCCAGGUUCUUGUGGAUUAAACGCUCAAUGUACUGUGAAGAACAACAUGCCUAUCUGUACCUGUCGCGAUGGUUACACUGGCGAUGCUUUUACUGAAUGUAAAAUUCAAGAAAUACCAAAUGACGAAGUUGAUUUAUGUAAUCCAUCACCUUGUGGAGCAAAUGCUGUUUGCGACAACGGGGAAUGCUCGUGCUUACCUGAAUAUCAAGGAGAUCCAUACUACGAAUGUCGUCCAGAAUGUGUGCUGAGUUCUGACUGUCCUCAUGACAAAGCAUGUCUGCGGAAUAAAUGUGUAAACCCAUGCAAUAGUGGUGUGUGCGCUACAAACGCAAUAUGUGAAGUUACUAACCACAUACCGAUGUGCCGAUGUCCAGAACGUAUGGCAGGCAAUGCGUUUGUCCAAUGUUAUCCAGUGGAAGUUAUGCCUACGCAUCCUUGUCAACCAAGCCCGUGUGGACCUAAUAGCCAAUGUAGGGAAAUAAACAGCCAAGCAAUUUGUUCGUGUCUUAGUGGAUACAAGGGAAGUCCACCUUCUUGUAGACCAGAAUGUACUGUCAGCACAGAUUGUUUACCGAAUGAAGCGUGUAGUAAUAUGAAAUGUGUUGAUCCAUGCCAAGGAGCAUGUGGCGUUGCAGCAAAAUGCCAAGUGAUUAACCACAAUCCCAUUUGCUCAUGCCCACCAUCGUACACUGGAAAUCCCUUCGUUAGAUGUAUCAUUCAAGAAUUUAAUCCAGAGCCUAUAAAUCCCUGUCAACCAUCACCAUGUGGACCAAAUUCAGUAUGCAAGGAAACAUUAGGUGCUCCGUCAUGUUCAUGCGUGAGUGGUUUUGUGGGAUCACCCCCAUAUUGCAAACCAGAAUGCAUUAGCAAUUCCGAAUGUUCUCUUAAUCUUGCUUGUAUAAAUCAAAAAUGCACUGACCCUUGUAUUGAUACAUGUGGUACAAAUGCCCAAUGCCAUGUAAUAAGCCAUUCUCCUUCGUGUACUUGCCUGGCUGAAUAUACCGGUAAUCCAUUUAUAGAAUGCCAUAGAAUUGAAAUUUUACAAGAAAUAACAUCUCCGUGCCAACCUUCUCCUUGUGGAGCUAAUGCCGUUUGCAAAGAAUACAAUAGUGCGGGAUCAUGUACUUGUCUUCCUGACUAUUAUGGUAAUCCAUAUGAAGGUUGCAAACCUGAGUGCAUAAUUAACACAGAUUGUCCAUCAAACAAAGCUUGUCUUCAAUCAAAAUGUCAAGAUCCUUGUCCUGGUGCUUGUGCUCCAAAUGCUUUGUGCCAAGUGGUCAAUCAUGCUCCAUCAUGUUCUUGUCAAAGAGGCUUUACAGGGGACCCGUUCAGAUAUUGCACCCCAGAACCACCUGUAGCAAAUUCUGUAUUGGAGCCAUACAGGAAUCCAUGUCUGCCAUCCCCAUGUGGUCCUAACUCUAUAUGCCAAGAGAUCCGUAAUGUACCUUCUUGCACAUGUAUGCCUAAUUUCGUCGGAAGCCCACCUAAUUGCAGACCAGAAUGUACUAUCAAUUCAGAAUGUCCUACUUUACAAGCAUGCAUUCAGCAAAAAUGUCGGGACCCGUGUUUAGGGUCUUGUGGUGUAGGUGCUUUAUGCACAGUGUCUCGUCAUACUCCUAUUUGUACGUGUCCAGAUGGAUACACUGGCGAUGCUUUCACGGUGUGCUCUCCUAAGCCACUAGAGGCUGAAAUUAUUGAUAAAUGCAAUCCGUCUCCGUGUGGUCCAAAUGCCAUAUGUAAGGAUGGUGUAUGCUCAUGUAUAGAAGAACACCAAGGAGACCCGUAUAUUGGUUGCCGACCUGAAUGCGUGCUUAGCACUGAUUGUUCGCACGAUAGAGCUUGCGUCAGGAACAAAUGUAUUGAUCCUUGUCCAGGAACCUGUUCUUCUAAUGCAAUUUGUGAUGUCAUUAAUCACGUACCAAUGUGUAGUUGUCCUCAAGGCAUGACUGGCAACGCAUUUUACAAUUGUGAACCUAUUCAGGUACCCAUUGUGACGAACCCAUGUAUUCCAUCUCCUUGUGGACCUAACAGUCAAUGCAGAGAAAUAAAUGGGCAGGCAGUGUGUUCAUGUGUAGUGGGAUACCUUGGAAGCCCACCUCUUUGUAGGCCGGAAUGUGUAGUCAGUUCCGAUUGCCCACUCAACAGAGCAUGUAGUAAUCAGAAGUGUAUUGAUCCUUGUGUUGGAUCAUGUGGUGUGGAAGCAAAAUGUAACGUCGUUAAACAUAAUCCUAUUUGCACUUGUCCACCCAAAUACACCGGUGAUCCAUUUAUAAGAUGUGUACCAUUUAGAGCUCCAUCUGCAGAUAUAACUCCAUGUGUGCCAUCACCUUGUGGACCCAAUUCGAUUUGUAAAGAGCUCUCGGGAUCACCCUCAUGCACUUGUAUGCCGAACUACUUCGGUUCACCGCCAUAUUGCAGACCUGAAUGUACGAGCAACAGCGAAUGUCCUUCUAACCAAGCCUGUAUCAAUCAAAAAUGCAAAGAUCCCUGCAUAAACGCAUGUGGUAUCAAUGCUCAAUGUAAAACGAUAAGUCAUUCUCCAAUGUGUUUCUGUGAAAAUGGGUUUACUGGUGACCCGUUCAGUAACUGCUAUCUACAACAGAAUAUCUACCCAGAGAAAACUUCACCCUGUGAACCAUCACCUUGCGGACCUAACGCUGAGUGCAGAGAGCAUAAUGCAGCCGGUUCUUGUACUUGUUUACGUGACUACAUAGGCAACCCUUACGAAGGGUGUAGACCAGAAUGUGUAGUAAACACGGAUUGUAUACCAAGUAAAUCAUGUAUACGUAAUAAAUGUCAGGAUCCAUGUCCAGGAACGUGUGGCCCAAUGGCAAUAUGUACGGUUGUUAAUCACCUCCCAUCAUGUAGCUGUCCAGGAGGCUACAGUGGUGAUCCAUACAUAAGAUGUGGUAUCUUAAGAGAUCCUGUUCCAGAAGUAACUACUCCUUGUGUACCAAAUCCUUGCGGACCAAAUAGUGUAUGUCGUGCUGUCAAUGGACAAAGUGUAUGUUCUUGUAUGCCAAACUACGUUGGCUCUCCUCCUGGUUGUAGACCGGAAUGUACAGUUAGUUCAGAAUGUUCCAAGGAGAAAGCUUGCAUCAAUCAAAAAUGUUCCGACCCAUGCCCUGGCCAUUGUGGAAUAAACACAAUCUGUAAAGUGAUCAAUCAUAGUCCUAUAUGUUCUUGUAAUUCUGGCUAUAUUGGAGAUCCAUUUACCCGCUGUUACCCACAACCACCUAUGCAACAGCUUCCUGAACCAAUAGGGAAUCCCUGCAUACCUAAUCCUUGCGGAGAAAAUGCAAUUUGCCGCAAUAUCAAUGAUGCCCCGACGUGCACAUGUUUGCCUGAUUACCAGGGGCUUCCUCCUAACUGUAGGCCAGAAUGUGCUAUAAACCAGGACUGUCCAUCAGACAAAGCAUGUAUUAAUCUAAAAUGUCGCGAUCCAUGUCCGGGUAGUUGCGGCCGGAAUGCAAUAUGCACUGUAUUUACUCACGUCCCGGCAUGUACCUGCAGUGAAGGAUUUACAGGAGAUCCAUUUACCUCUUGUAUUAUGCUAGAUCCUAUAGAAGUUGACACCACGCCAGAUCCCUGCAACCCUUCGCCCUGUGGGUAUAACGCUCAAUGCAGAGACGGCGUUUGUACGUGCAUAAGUGACUAUCAAGGUGAUCCAUACUUCGGCUGCAAACCUGAAUGCUUAACAAGCAUGGAAUGUUCAUUGGACAAAGUUUGCUCAGGAAAUAAAUGUAUAAAUCCUUGCCCUGGAACAUGCGCUCCAAGUGCACAAUGUAAUGUUUACAACCAUAUUCCAAUUUGUACAUGCCCUGAAGGAACCACGGGCAACGCAUUCGUGGAAUGCCAUACGUAUGAAGUUAUGAAUGUCGAGCCUUGUAACCCAAGUCCUUGUGGCCCCAACAGCCAGUGCCGUGCAAUAAACAACCAAGCAGUUUGUUCGUGUCUACCGGCGUUUGUAGGAGCUCCUCCAUCUUGUAGACCAGAGUGUACAAUUAGUGCUGAAUGCCCUCUGAACGAAGCCUGUAACAAUCACAAAUGUAUAAAUCCUUGCAUUGGUAGUUGUGGAUAUGCAGCGAAGUGUGAAGUGGUCAAUCAUAAUCCAAUAUGUUCAUGUCCACCUCAAUAUACGGGAGAUCCAUUUGCUCAGUGUACUUUAAUAGUCGCAACUCCCCUGCCACCAGUGGAUCCAUGCACACCGUCACCUUGUGGUCCUUAUUCAAUAUGUAAAGUUAUUGGUGAUUCACCAUCAUGCACAUGCCAAACUGAAUAUAUUGGUGCUCCGCCAAAUUGUCGACCAGAAUGCAUAAGCAACUCAGAAUGUCCGAGCAACUUGGCGUGCGUUAACCAAAGGUGCAAAGACCCGUGUCCAGGCAGCUGUGGAUAUAACGCAGACUGUAAAGUAAUCAGCCAUGCCCUUGUGUGUUCCUGUCCAUUCGGCCAAACGGGAGACCCUCUAAUAUCAUGUGCUCCUGUAAAAGAUAGCAAAAUUGAAUAUAACUCACCUUGUGAACCGUCACCAUGUGGAUUAAAUGCAGAAUGCACAGAGAGGAAUGGGGUCGGAGCAUGUAGAUGUGUUGACACGUUCAUCGGCAAUCCGUACGAAGGGUGUCGACCUGAAUGCGUCAUUAACACUGACUGCCCUCCUAUGUUAGCAUGUAUUCAAAACAAAUGUAAAGAUCCUUGCCCUGGUAUUUGUGCGCCAAAUGGAAUUUGUCAAGUGGUAAACCACUUGCCUUCCUGUUAUUGUCCGCCAGGACUUACUGGAAAUGCAUACGUUAAUUGUGUUGAAAUAAUAAGAGAUGUUAUUAAGCCAACACCUUGCACUCCAUCGCCGUGUGGACCUAAUAGUCAGUGCAGAGAAGCAAAUGCACAAGCUAUAUGUAGUUGCCAACCGAAUUUUAUGGGCACUCCACCAAACUGCCGACCAGAAUGUACAAUAAACAGUGAAUGUCCUAGUGAUAAAGCUUGCUUAAACCGCAAAUGUCUAGAUCCCUGCGUCGGUCAGUGUGCAAGAAAUGCUAACUGCAAAGUAAUUGCUCAUAACCCAAUCUGUUCUUGUCAAGACCGAUUUACCGGAGAUCCGUUUACUAAUUGUGUGCCCAUGCCACUUUCGAUUCCUACACUACCGCAACAAGUAAAUCCGUGCAUCCCAUCCCCGUGCGGUCCAAAUUCCCAGUGCCAAGAGUUUAACGGAAACGCACGAUGCACUUGCCUGCCGAAUUAUAUUAGCUCUCCACCUCGCUGCAGACCGGAGUGUACUGUCAACUCGGAAUGUAACGCGGUCAUGGCAUGUAUAAAUAAUAGAUGCUCAGACCCAUGUCCUGGAGCCUGCGGUAACAACGCACAGUGCAACGUCAAUAAUCAUCUGCCGAUUUGCUCGUGUUUGCCUGGUUUCAGUGGUGACCCCUUCACUAACUGUGAAAUUAUGCAUCAAGAAAUCGAACCAGUAAACCCUUGCUCGCCGUCACCGUGCGGAAGCAACGCCGUUUGUGAUGAUGGUGUAUGCACCUGCUUACCAGAAUACUUCGGUGACCCUUACUUCGCAUGUAAGCCAGAAUGUGUACUAAACUCAGACUGCUCACGAGAUAAAGCAUGUAUUAGAAACAAAUGCAAAGAUCCGUGCAUCGGAACUUGUGGAAAUGCAGCCAUUUGUGAAACUAUAAACCAUAUUCCUAUGUGUUCAUGCCCAGUGGGCACUACUGGAUCCCCAUUCCACUAUUGUAAUGAACUCAAGGAACCAGCAGCACCGAUCAACUUAUGUGAACCAUCCCCAUGCGGUCCCUACAGUCAAUGUAGAGAAGUGAGUGGGCAUGCUGUGUGUGUUUGUGUGCAAGGCUAUGUGGGCAGCCCACCUAACUGCCGGCCAGAGUGUACAGUCAGCUCGGAUUGUAAUCUAAAUCGAGCCUGUUCUAAUCAGAAGUGCAUAGAUCCUUGUCCUGGUGCAUGCGGACGUAACACACAUUGUAUAGUGGUCAACCACAAUCCCGUGUGCACUUGCUUGUCAGGAUAUUCUGGAGAUCCAUUUUCUACUUGUCAAAUUAUCCCUUCCAAGCCACCGGAAAAGGUUAACCCCUGCCUUCCUUCACCAUGUGGACCAAACUCACAGUGCACAGAAAAUGGAAAUAAUGCUGAUUGCAGAUGUUUACCCGAGUAUAUCGGUGCUCCACCUAAUUGUAGACCAGAAUGCACCAGUAACACCGAAUGUGCAUUAAAUAUGGCUUGCAUAAAUAGGAAAUGUAAAGACCCUUGUCAAGGCUCGUGUGGUGUGAAUGCUGAAUGUAGAGUCGUUAGUCAUACACCUAUUUGCUUAUGUCAAAACGGCUACACCGGUGAUCCAUUCCUUUUCUGUAACAUCGAAGUAGCUGCUACAGAACAAGAUCGACCAACUCCAUGUGUGCCUUCGCCAUGUGGCGCAAACGCACAAUGUCGAGAACAAAACAAUGCUGGCUCAUGUACAUGUCUACCUGGAUACUUUGGUAACCCCUACGAAGCAUGCAAGCCCGAAUGUUUGGUAAAUUCAGAUUGUCCAUCAAACUUGGCGUGUUAUCAAAAUAAGUGUCACGAUCCCUGUCCAGGCACGUGUGGCAUAAACGCGCUAUGUAACGUGAUCAAUCAUAUUCCAAGUUGUUCAUGUCCAGAACAACAUUAUGGUGAUCCAUAUAGAAUAUGUACUUUCAAGGUCCAAUCUGAUCCAGUAGACCCUUGCAAUCCUUCACCAUGCGGUCCAAACAGUCAAUGCAAAACCCAAAACGGCAUUGCUAUCUGUACAUGUCUAAAUGGAUACCAAGGAACUCCACCAGAUUGCCGACCGGAAUGUGUAAUAAGUUCGGAAUGUCCAUUGGACAAAGUAUGUGAAAACUUCAAAUGUGUGUCUCCUUGUGAGAAGGCUUGCGGUAUACAAACAGAAUGCAGAGUGAUAAAACACAAUCCAAUAUGUACUUGCAAGCAAGGUUACACUGGUGAUCCAUUUUCGGUCUGCUACUUACUUCCUGAGAAGCAACCUUCUCUAAUGGAACCAAUCAACCCUUGCGUUCCUUCUCCUUGUGGAUUGAAUGCAGAAUGUCGUGAUAUUGGUGGAGUUCCAUCAUGCUCAUGUACUGUUGGUUUCUUUGGCAGUCCCCCUAACUGCAAACCAGAAUGCGUAGUAAAUACAGAUUGUAGCAAUGAUAAGACCUGUAUAAACAUGAAAUGCCAGAACCCUUGUCUAGGAUCAUGUGGCCUGAAUGCUAUUUGCAAUGUUGUUAAUCAUAUACCGGUGUGUUCAUGUCCAAGUGGAUAUGAGGGCGAUCCCUUCGCAAUAUGCAACGUUAAACCAGCGGAUCUUCCUCAAAAGAUUGAUCCAUGCCAUCCAUCACCUUGCGGACCCAAUGCUGUAUGUAAUAAUGGUGAAUGUAGAUGCUUGCCAGAGUAUCAAGGAGAUCCAUAUUUCGGUUGCCGACCAGAAUGCGUUCUCAGUACCGACUGCCCAUUAGAUAAGGCAUGCUUUAGAUCGAAAUGUGUAGACCCGUGCCGCGAUAUGUGCGGUCAGAACGCCGAGUGCAAUGUCUAUAAUCACGUUGCUAUCUGUAGCUGUCCAAGUGGUAUGACUGGUGACGCGUUCACACGGUGUAUCCGUAUAGAAAUGCAACCAAUUCAAGAGGAGCCUUCAAAUCCGUGCGUACCAUCACCAUGUGGACCACAUAGCAUUUGUAAUCCAACUCCUAAUGGCGAUUCAUAUGUUUGCUCAUGUGAACCAACAUUUGAAGGUAGUCCACCGCACUGUCGCCGUGAGUGUACGACAAAUGAUGAAUGUCCUUCAAUUAGAGCAUGUAUCAACCACAAGUGCAAAGACCCAUGUCCUGGAUCUUGUGGGACUAACACGCAAUGUAACGUACGUUUACACAGUCCUAUGUGCUCUUGUGAAGAAGGCUAUACUGGUGAUCCGUUUACAGCUUGUUACUUGAUACCACUGGCAAUAGAAAAGUUAGACCCUUGUAAUCCUACACCUUGUGGAGCUAAUGCUCAGUGUAAAGUUUCGAGGAACGGUGCUGCAGCCUGCAUAUGCGAACUUGGAUAUUUCGGUAAUCCCUACGAAUCUUGUAGGCCAGAAUGUGUGGUUAAUACUGACUGUCCUUACAAUAAAGCAUGUCUAAGGAACAAAUGCGAAGAUCCUUGUCCAGGCGUUUGCGGCUCUACGGCAUUAUGUCAAGUAAUAAAUCAUGUUCCAUCGUGCAACUGCGCUCCAGGAUACACAGGAAAUCCAUACACCUUCUGUCACAUAAUUAUUAACGAGCCAACAUCGGUACCACAAAAUCCAUGUGUACCUAAUCCAUGUGGAAGCAAUUCCAUAUGUAAGGACAAUAAUGGCCUCGCCACAUGCUCGUGUAUGCCUGAAUUCUACGGAACUCCACCUAAUUGCCGACCUGAGUGUACAGUAAACUCAGAGUGUGAUAACACCAAGAGCUGUAUCAGACAGAAGUGUGUAGACCCGUGCAUUGGUUCUUGUGGACAAGACGCGGAAUGUAGAGUAGUGAACCACGCACCAAUAUGUUCUUGUAGAAGAGGAUUUGAAGGAGAUCCGUUUGUUAAAUGUGCUAUUGUUAAAGAAGUAUCAGUGCCACUACAAGAUCAGAACCCUUGUGUACCAUCACCGUGCGGACCAAAUUCUCAAUGCCAAGUUACGAAUCGCAUAUCAUCAUGUUCUUGUUUAGAGAACUAUGUUGGUACACCACCGAACUGUCGAGCAGAAUGCACUAUCAACUCGGACUGUCCAAGCACUAAAGCCUGCAUAAACCAGAAAUGUCGCGACCCAUGCCUCGGCUCAUGUGGUCUUCAAACAGAAUGUCAAGUUUAUCAGCAUGCUGCUAUUUGCAGCUGCAGAGAAGGCUACACUGGAAAUCCAUUCGAAAGUUGCCAUGUUAAAGAAAAAAUUGAACCCAUGCCUGCAGUUUACGAUAAAUGCAACCCAAGCCCUUGUGGAGCAAAUGCUGAUUGCAAUGAUGGACAAUUAAUACACAUAGAGAGAGAUCCUUGCCAUCCAACGCCAUGUGGUCCAUAUAGCAUCUGUCGAGCGGUACAAGAACAAGCAAUAUGUUCUUGUCUUAUUGGCUACAUCGGUGUGCCCCCGUCAUGCAGGCCAGAAUGUCUGGUCGAUUCAGACUGCACCAGUGUUAUGGCGUGUUCCAAUCAAAAAUGUACUAAUCCUUGUCAAGGAUCUUGCGGAUUAAAUGCAGAAUGUCGUGUCCAUAACCACAAGCCUAUCUGUUACUGUAGAAAUGGCUACACUGGAGAUCCAUUUACCCAAUGUGUCGUUCGAGAUGAACCACCGUCAAAGAGAACACCUUGUGAACCAUCGCCGUGUGGUCCUAAUUCUGUGUGUCGAGCAGUAAACGAGGCACCGACGUGUUCUUGUCAGUCUGGAUACAUGGGACAACCACCAUAUUGUCGCCCAGAAUGUACUACGAACAGUGAAUGUAACUUUGAUCGAGCAUGUAUUAACAACAAAUGCGCCGAUCCAUGUGUGGGUGCCUGCGGACUUAACACAGAAUGUCGUGUCAUCAGCCAUUCUCCGCAAUGUGCGUGCAAAUCAGGAUAUGAAGGAGACUCAUUCUAUCAAUGCACUCUUAUCAAAGUACCAGUUCCAGCUGAUGUACCAUCGCAGCCAAUCGCACCAUGCCUGCCAAAUCCUUGUGGACCAAACGCCGUAUGUCAAGAACGUAAUAACGCCGGCAGUUGUACAUGCGUUACGGGCUAUUUCGGUAACCCCUACGAAGGUUGUAGACCAGAAUGUGUUCUCAAUUCCGAUUGUCCCGAAAAUCUCGCAUGUAUUAACAACAGAUGUCAAGAUCCAUGUCCUGGGUUGUGUGGAAUUAAUGCUCAAUGUCAAAUGAUCAAUCAUAUUCCUAACUGUGCUUGCACAUCUGGAUACGUGGGUGACCCACAUGAUAGGUGCAUUCUGAGAGAUGAACCAGCAAAGGACCCUUGUAACCCAUCACCAUGUGGACCAUACAGCACCUGCAAUGCUAUUAACAACAAAGCAAUAUGUACUUGCCUUAAGGAGUAUGUUGGCAACCCUCCAAACUGUAGACCAGAAUGUUUAAUGAGUUCAGAAUGCCCUUUGAACAAAGCAUGUGUUAAGCAGAAAUGUAUUGAUCCAUGCAUUGGAGCAUGUGGAGAAAAUGCACAGUGCCGGGUCCUACACCACAGUCCGUACUGCACUUGCUUACCAGGUUUCGAAGGAGAUGCUUUCAUUAGAUGCUCGAAAGAAAAAGUACUACCACCACAAAUAAAAUCUCCUUGCGAACCCAACCCUUGCGGUCCAUUCUCCACUUGCAGAGACUCAGCUGGUUCGGCUAUCUGUAGUUGCAAGGAGGGUUACUUCGGAGCUCCACCUCGAUGUGCACCAGAAUGUGCGAUCAACGAGGAUUGUCCUAAUGACAAAGCAUGUGUCAGGGAGAGAUGUGUUGACCCUUGCAUUGGAUCAUGUGGGUCAAAUACCGAGUGCCGUGCAAUGAAUCAUCUUGCUAUUUGCACCUGUUUAAGAGGUUAUCGUGGGAAUUCCUUUAUCGGAUGUUACCAAUUUGAUGAACCACAAACACCAAUAUUUACAGACCCUUGUGCGCGAAAUCCCUGUGGAAGUAAUGCAAUUUGUAGCAAUGGAACUUGUUCUUGUAUUCCGGGAUAUCAUGGAAAUCCUGCAAUUGAAUGUCGGCCCGAGUGUACUAUUGAUAGUGAUUGUGACAAACGACAAGCUUGUGUAAACUACAAAUGUGUCGAUCCAUGUAAAAACGCAUGCGGCCUUGAUGCAGUGUGUAAUGUGUACAAUCACAUCGCUAUAUCGCCGGUGGAAACAGAACCAUGUUCACCGAAUCCUUGCGGCCCGAACAGCGUAUGUCGUGCACAAGGUACAGUGGCUCACUGUUCGUGCCGACCGCCCAUGCAGGACGAGCCGCCCAGCUGCCGACCUGAGUGCCACAGCUCGGCGGACUGUCCUAGCACACUUGCGUGUCGCGCUGGCAAGUGCCGUGACCCUUGCCCUGGCGCAUGUGGUGCUCACGCUCUUUGCCGAACAACUAUGCAUUCUCCAAUUUGCACGUGUCCUCCUGGUUACGUCGGUGAUCCGUUUAUUCGUUGUGUACCAGCACUCGAGUCUGAACCUAAAAAGAAUUCACCAUGUCCCGAUUGUGGGCCAAAUGCUGACUGCGUAGAUAGCCGCUGUCGUUGCCGUACAGGUUUCUUCGGGGCACCUCCGUUCUGUCGUUACGAAUGUCUGGAAUCUAAUGACUGCGAAUGGCAUCUAACUUGCAUUAACAGACGUUGCAUAGAUCCCUGUCCCGGAGCGUGCGGCUACGGUGCUGAGUGUGUGCCAGUAGCUCACGAGCCACGCUGCACUUGUCCAUCCUCCACCACCGGCAAUCCUCUUACAGCGUGUCGACCCAUCGAAAAUAUUCCUAAACAACCAAACGAUCCCUGUGUGCCAUCACCCUGUGGACCUGGUGCCUUGUGCCGAGUAAAAGGAAUAAGCGCGUCUUGUGAAUGUGAGCCUGGAUUACGUGGAGAUCCGUAUACUGGAUGCCGACCCGAAUGUCUCGCAGACUCUGAUUGCUCACCUUCUAAAGCAUGCAUACGAUCUCACUGCCGUGACCCUUGCCAGGGCACUUGUGGAGUAGGAGCCGAUUGUGAAACCGUCAAUCAUAUACCUUUAUGUUCAUGCCCACUUGGAACUAAAGGAAACGCAUUUGAAAGAUGCUAUACAGAAAUGACCCAACCACCGUGUACACCAUCUCCCUGUGGCCCCGGCGCGUUGUGCUCAGUGGUCGGUAACAGUGCCAUGUGCACGUGCCCCAGUGGCACAACCGGUGACGCAGCCACCACAGGAUGCAGGCCCGAGUGCGUGGUCAGCUCCGAGUGUCCCCGCGAUCGCGCCUGCGUGCGCAAUAAGUGCAUAGACCCAUGCCCAGGAACAUGUGGCAACGCUGCCAUGUGCCGCGUCUUCAACCAUGCACCUAUCUGUUGGUGUCCACCGUCCACUACAGGCGAUCCGUUUGUUGCUUGCAUAGAUACACCAACAAAGGCCCAUGAUCCCUGUGAUCCCAACCCUUGUGGCCCGCACGCUACCUGCCGCAAUGGAAUAUGCACAUAUUACGAAUGUACCGUCAAUGAUGACUGCUCUGGUGACCGCGCUUGUAUCAACAGAAAGUGUACUGACCCAUGUAUUAAUGCAUGUGGUCUCAACGCGAUUUGUACAGGCGUGCGACACUCCCCGGUUUGUUCAUGUCCACCCGGGUAUACAGGCUCACCGCUGGUACGAUGCAGCCUCAUCGCAUCACAGCCGCCAGCACCUGAAUGCGAGUCCGAUGAACAAUGCGCUGACAACGCCGCGUGUGUUGACUCGCGCUGCUCACCCGUGUGCGGUCCUAACAACUGCGGACUGAAUGCUCGGUGCAUUGCAAAACAACAUAGAGCUUUAUGCACGUGCUUACCGGGAUAUGACGGCGACGGAUACACAGGAUGUUAUUCAGUACAAUGCCACAGCAACAAUGAUUGUCCGGACGAUGAGAGCUGCGAAAGUGGUUCUUGUGUGAAGGUCUGCCUACGUAUUCGUUGCGGAACAGAGGCGCAUUGUGUUGCUCGCGGCCACACUGCUUCAUGUGAAUGUAAUACUGGCGCCCAAGGCAACCCAUGGACUGGAUGUCGUAGAGCCGAAUGUGUUGUAGAUGAUGAUUGUUCCGCGUGGUUAGCUUGCUCUCGCGGCACUUGUAAGGAUCCAUGUCUCGGAGCAUGCGCUCAAGGUGCAAUCUGCUCGGUGGUUCGACAUGUCCCAACGUGUGAGUGCCCGAGAGGCACUCAAGGCAACCCUAAGAUUGAAUGCCGACAAGUUGUAGACGAAGGUCAAUGCGUCAUCGAUGGUGAAUGUGGACCGAACCUUGCAUGCUUACAAGGUGUAUGCAGGAACCCAUGCGAACCGACAUCUUGUGGCGUUCGAGCAGAAUGUAGGGUUGCAAAUACAUUGCCGUUCCGUACGCUCGUUUGUGAAUGUCCAAAGCCUCUUAUUGGUGAUGCCUCAGUUCAAUGCAACACAAGGGGUGAAUGUAAUGCAGACAGCGAAUGCAGUUCUGAGGAGCGCUGCAAUAAUCGCUUGUGCGUUAGCGCAUGCGCAGAUAUAACCUGUGGUUCAGGUGCUGAAUGUAGGGCCCAUCAACAUCGUGCUUCUUGUGCCUGUGUACCACCUCUGCAAGGAAACCCAGAAGUCGCAUGCACACUCGGUGUUCCUGGAGUACAAUGUACAUCAGACUCAGAUUGCGGUAGCGCUGAAGCAUGUGUCGGACAACGAUGCGUGUCUGCGUGUGCGGGAGCUUGCGGCACCAGCGCCUCGUGCGACGCCGCACAGCAUCGUGCUCGUUGCCACUGUCCUCCCGGCACUGCCGGCGACCCUGCCCGCCUCUGCUAUACCCCCGAAUGUACUUCAGAUGAAAACUGUCCGUUUGACAAAACUUGUGUCAAUGGAUACUGUCAAGACCCAUGCACUCUCGGUACACCAUGUGGAAGAGACGCAAACUGCGUGGCGGUAGCACACAUUGCCAGCUGUCGAUGCCCACCUGGCACCCAGGGCGACCCAAGACGUGCCUGUGUAUCUGCUAUCUGUCUUUACAAUGAAGAUUGCGACGAUACACAGAUCUGCAACCGACUCAAUCGCGUAUGCCAGCCGGCAUGUUCUGAACAAUCCUGUGCCCCAGAUGCCCUUUGCACCGCACGCAACCACCGCGCCGUGUGUACGUGCCCCGCCGGUCGCAGCGGCGACCCGUAUGCCAGUGGCUGUAGCACACUGCACGAUGACACCGAGUGCACCACAGACUCUGAUUGUUCAGCACCGUUUGCCUGUGUAAACACCCGCUGCGUAGACCUCUGUCUCGGAAAUCCCUGCGAAACCGGACUAAUUUGUAAGAUUGUCGACGUGCUUCCGCUACGCGCCGUGGCUUGUAUUUGUCCUGAUGGUGGUCGUGUGGCACCAGACAAUGGCUGUCGAGCUCCACCGGAACCGGAAUGCUCAGUUGAUUCUGAAUGUGCUAACAGUCAAACUUGCCGGCGUGGCAGCUGUGUCGAAUCUUGUAGGGCAGAUCCUUGCGGACAAAAUGCUCUUUGCGAAUCCAUCGACCACAUAUCUCGUUGUACUUGUGCACCGGGUUACACAGGAAAUGCAAGAAUCGAAUGUAACACAAUACCCCGACAACCGGCCAUUUUUGAAUGUUACAACGAUGAAGAAUGUGGUUCGGAACGGGCAUGUAUCGACCGUGCUUGUGUAAACCCUUGUAAUGACGCUUGCGGCCUCGGUGCUCUAUGUAGAGUUAUAGAUCAUAAACCUCAAUGCUCUUGUCCGAAAGGAUAUUCGGGCGAUGCCUACAUUCGAUGCACACCACCUUCUGACAAAUCGAUUAUCCCCGUGGGCUGUAAAGCAAAUCACGAAUGCCCGUUGUCUCAAGCCUGUGUAAAUGGAGCGUGCGCAAACCCGUGCGCCUGCGGAUCUAACGCAGAGUGCACUGUAGUGCGGCACCAUCCUGUCUGCUACUGCGAGCGUGGAUACUCAGGCAACCCGUACAUCGGUUGCAGUAAAGUUGGUUGUACUUCUGAUUCCGAGUGUCCUGAUAGUGAUACAUGUUACAACGGCGCUUGCGUCAAUCCUUGCGUAGUUGAAGCUCCAUGUGCUAUUAGCGCAGAAUGCUUCGGUAAGGCACACAGGCCUAACUGCCGUUGCCCAGCUGGAACGUUUGGAAAUCCCUACACUAGAUGUCAAGCUGCUGAAUGUGAGAUUGAUAAUGAUUGUAAUGACGAUAGCGUUUGCGUAAAGGGAACAUGUCGCAACGCUUGCUCGAACUACGGUGGAAACCCUUGUGCCAAUAACGCUGAAUGCUUCGCACGAAACCACGCUGCGUCUUGCAAAUGUCCAUCUGCACUACCUCUAGGAGAUCCUUUGGUCCACUGCCUGAAAGUCGACGUUAUCGGGGAACCUGAAUGCCGCGCAGAUGGUGAAUGUCCUAGUGGCUAUGCUUGCCUCCGAGAUGAAUGUCGCGAAGCUUGUAAUGAACUGAAACCAUGUACUGGCAACGCCCGUUGUACUGUUUCUGACAGUGUACCGUUCCGAACUCUUAUAUGCCGCUGUCCAGACGGAUAUAUUCCCGAAGAAGGAGGAAACUGUAAACCUGCACAACUACCUGCACUAAGCUGUUCAUCGGAUCAGGACUGUGGCGACCACGAAUCUUGUGUCAAUAGAAUUUGCCGCAACCCUUGCAAUUGUGGGGACAACGCAGAGUGCUUCAUUCGGAACCAUAGACCUAUAUGUUCGUGUCGCGAAGGAUUCGAAGGCGACCCAUACCGGCGGUGCCACAUUGUGGGAUGCCGUAGUAACUCGGAAUGUCAAUCUCACGAAGCUUGUAUCAAUGGUAACUGUAUUAGUCCUUGCCUCUUGAAUAGCACCUGUGGACCGAAUUCAGAAUGCUACGUAGAAAGGAAUGUACCAUUGUGCAAAUGCCGACCCGGAUUCGAUGGUGACGUUUAUUCGGGUUGCCACGCAAUCGAAUGCAGAAGUAAUGGCGACUGCCCUCAAGACAAACAAUGUCGGGCUCAUAGAUGUGUGAAUCCGUGCCUUAGCGAGAAUAUAUGCGGUACAGCAGCUACAUGCUUGGUCAGAAACCAUAUCGCUGUAUGUAAAUGUGAACAAGGUUACACAGGAAGCCCUUAUAUCGAAUGUAGACCACAAAUUACCGCAGAGUGUUACGUGGAUGCUGAUUGUCCGUCCAGAAUGGCUUGUUUAUCAUCAAGGUGUGUCAACCCCUGCACAGAAUUACGACCCUGUGCCACUCCAGCACAAUGUGAAGUAUCACCAACACUACCAGUGCGCACUAUGUUGUGUACUUGUCCACCUGGGUAUGUGAGCAGCGGCGGAGGUAUCUGUCGACCAGUAACAUCUAUCGCUGAUGUCAUUUGCACCGCUGACGAUAACUGCACAGCUAACCAUGCCUGCGUAACAUCGGUGUGUAAAAAUCCUUGCGAAUGUGGACCUAAUACAGAUUGUCAAAUAAAAGACCACAAACCGGUCUGUGCAUGCCAACCCGGCUUCGUCGGGGAUGCUCGCACUGGAUGCUAUAAGGUUCUUUGUCAAUCUGAUUCACAAUGUGCAGAUGAUGAAACUUGUUUCAAUAGCCGUUGUAUCCCAGCCUGUUCCGUGGAUUCCGAUAUAUGUGGACAAUCAGCUGAAUGCUAUGGCAUUGAACAUCGCGCCUCCUGCAGGUGCAAGAUUGGUACUAUAGGAAACCCAUCGAUCGCAUGCACACCUAUUGGCUGCCGAUCUGACUCUGACUGCCCAUUAGAUAAAUCAUGUAUCAACACCAAAUGUGUAAACCCUUGUAAUGCAACCUCUUGUAACGACCCUGCUGAAUGUAGAGUACAUCUUCACGAGUUACACUGUGUUUGUCCACCUGGCUACCAAAGCACUGAAGAUGGAUGUGUAAGCACUAAACAGCCACAAUGCAUCACCGAUAUUGACUGUCCUCCUGGAACUGCUUGCCUGAACGCAAAAUGUAUGAAUCCUUGUCUGGAAAUAAAACCUUGCGGUAUCAACGCCGAGUGUAAGGUUGUGGACACCCUCCCAGUUAGAACUAUGAUAUGUGAAUGCGUUCCAGGAUACAAAGGAAAUGCUCUGGUUGAGUGCACUUCUAAUAGACGACCGAUUCCAGAAUGUAUUGAAGGACAAGGAAUUGACUCUACUGGUGAAUGUAUACCGUGCCACGCUAGUGAUGGCCGCGUGCUAGACGCACGCGGUCGCUGCGUGUGCGAUGCGACCCGCGGAUUCGUGCCGCGCGGCGACAGAUGCGAACCGCGUGGCUGCCGCGCUGACGCACAGUGUGAUGACCGCGAGCGCUGCAUUAACGGUGCUUGUGUGGACGCAUGUAUGGCCGAGCCUUGUGGUAUCUCAGCCACUUGUGAUGCGAUUGGUCAUCGCUCACACUGUACCUGUAUUGCGGGCUACACCGGCAACCCACGCGUACACUGCAAUACCACGAACCCACCAGUUUACCGUACUGAUUUCCCUCUACCUGAUAUGCAGGUUCACUGUCUCGCCGACGGCGUCCGGGUUAGUCUGAAGAUCAAGGACUUUAACGGUGUGUUGUAUGUUAAGAGCUAUAGCAAGGACGAACGCUGCCGACUAGUUGUAGAUACUCCUAAAGAUGAGGAAAAUAUUGUCGACUUCACCGUGCACUUCGGAGAAUGUGGCUUAGUGCAUGUGAAUGGCCUUGCUAGCUUCGUUCUUGUCAUGCAAAAACAUCCGAAACUUGUGACUUCAAAUGCCAAGGCAUUCCACAUCAAGUGUAUAUACCAGACGGGCGAACAGAAUGUGACGCUUGCAUUCAAUGUAUCAAUGCUGACAACUGCUGGCACUAUUGCUAAUACAGGACCGCCGCCUACGUGCUCAAUGAGAAUCGUAUCUCGCUCUGGCAGCCAAGUUAGCUCUGCAGAGAUUGGAGAACAUCUAGUCUUGCAAGUUGAUGUACAACCGUCAAAUAUUUAUGGUGGUUUUGCACGAAGCUGUAUAGCGAAGACAAGCGAAGUAGCUACCAAUGUGGAGAAUGAAUAUCCAGUGACAGAUGCUGACGGUUGUGCAACGGAUCCAUCAAUCUUUGGCGAAUGGGAGCGAAGCGAAGACGGCAGCGUACUGCGAGUCGCUUUUAACGCUUUCAAGUUCCCCAGUAGCGAUAACAUACGGUUCCAAUGUAAUAUACGAGUCUGCUUCGGCAAAUGUCAACCGGUAAAUUGUCGCGGUGCUGAUGCGUUUGGCAAACGACGUAAACGAGAAGCUAUCGACAGUAGACCAUCAGGUUCCCCCGCAGGCCAGUUCCGCGAGGAAGUAACCGUCGAGUCGAACCAAAUUCUAACGCUACAGCGACGCGAUCCGUCGCAGGUAGCACGACAACGCGACGCCGGCGGCGCGGCGGGCGCGGGCGCUGGCGCUGGCGAGGUGUGCGUGUCGGCGGCUGGGUUGGCGGUGGCGCUCGCGCUGACGGCGCUGCUGGCGCUAGUGGCAGUGGCCGCGGCUGUGGCGUGCUGGCUGGUGGCGUGGCGACGCGCGCGUCCGCCGCCUGCGCCGCUGCCGCACCCGGCUGACUUCCCCAACCCGCUGUUCCAGCGCUGAGUACGCUAGUCGCGGCCGCGCUCCUCCGCCGGCACCGGGCGGUGUCGGUCUUCCUCUCUCCUUAUCUCUGUGCUGCCGCCGGAGGACCGCCGGCCGGGGGCGCGCCGGGCGCUCCCUCGCGCUCGCCGCGCCCCACCCUAUUCUUUAUUUUAUAUUAAUUUUUACGUUUUACUUUUACUAAUGUGGCAUUCGUCGCUCUUCGAAUUUUGUGAUAUUCAUAUAAAUAUUCGAAAUCACCAUAAUUUUAUGUAAAAUAAAUAUCGAGUAUAUCUAGUUUUAAGAAUAAAUAAUUAAUAAUACUA